CUCAUACCUGGUGCCACAUCAAUUUACAGGACUGAGAGUGUAAUGAUUUCAUCCUCAAUAAGAGUUCAUUAAUGAGUCACAGUCAAGAUGGCCUCCUUGAACAGAGGCUAUCUACUGGUUUUCUACAUGCCUUUAAACCCACUCCACUACCACCAAUAAAAAGUGUCAGCUCUUUUUUUUUUUUUUACCAAGAGCUUCUGCAGAAGCUGAGAUCUUUUCCCUUAAAUCGCUCUAGCUGUGUUGAGUUGUGCUGAUUACAGCACCCAUUCCUGUAAAUCCAUAGGAGUUAUAUGAUCCACUGAGGUUAUUUGUCUUCUGCAACUUUCCCACCGUUUUCAGAGACCUUCUUCUCCGUGCUGGUUUUACAACUUGUUACACAAUGAUCGGUGGCAAGGCAGCCAUGGAAGGGCAGACAUGAGGAGGAGCUCUGGACUCAUUUGAGCUCCACUCCUUCUUUCAUGCUCCUCCCCUGAACUGCAACUGACUCACUGAGCUAAUUUCAUUCCUCUUUCAUUCCAGAGAUUCCUCUGAAAAGCUGUCACCUUUCCAAAAUACCAAGCCAGCUUCCCAACUACCACCACCAGCACCACCACCAACAACAGCAGCAGGGCUAGCCAGAGAGUCCUCCUCAUCCUCACCUGACCUUCAUAUCACACACAGGAGGAGGGGGCAGAGACAAUCCCUCUCAGUGCUGCCCCAAAAAAAAGAAAGAAAAGAAAAAAAAUACAAGUCUUUCCCUUACAAAGUGCUGACCAGAGCUGCAUAUUCUAUAACCCCCCCCUUGCCCCCCUCCCUUCUCACCCCCCAUUCUUGUCUAGGCUGCUGGGUUCUUAGAAUACCCCAAUAGAAUUACCCUGUAUGUUACAAUGUUAAAACUCUGCACAUUUGGACUACUGGCAAGGUAAGCACAGAAAAACUUCAGAUAUGUGCUUUUUUCACUCUCUCUCCCUGUCUGUCUAUCACAGGAUCUGGGAGCUUGAAAUCCUUGUCGUUUCUGGCAUGUUUGGCAUUUUUUGGGUUCCUUUCUCUGUUCCUGAUCACUUUGAGCUUGGAUUGCGCUGGAGAAGAGGAUAACUACUGGGUUUUCUCUCAGUCCUCUCCAAGAUCCCUGAAGGGGCUUUUUUUACUUUUUAUAACAUUUCUCUCCUUUUUGGUAGAACUUCGUGAUCUGUGUUUCUCUUUACUCCUACUUAGAGGUGGAUAAUGGAUCAUAUAUUCUCCUGUGCUUUGUUUUUUCUCCCAGAUCCUGAGAUCAAGUUAGUGUUCACCCUUGGGGUACAAGCAAAAUCUUUGAAGAUCAAACUAUUAAAGACCUCCUGUGUCUGUGACCCUAUUUUUCGUUGUGAGAGGAGUUCUCUUCUCUGUAAGUAAAACUUUUUUUGAUAUAUAAAUAUAUAUAUUAUUUUGUUGCUGUUUGUUUCUUGAUAAACAAUUCUAUUUAUUGUGUUUAGUUAUAUAGUUUAAAAAAAUAAUAAUCUUAUUUUACCGAUUUAUUUUCACACCCAGAAAAAAAAAAAAGCUCUGCUCUGGGCUGCUUUAGAGCUCUGAUUUCUUUGUUUUUCCACCUUACUGCUGAGCUCAGCACAAUUUAACCGGCGCGGGGGAAAAUCAUGGAGUUUACAAUCAAUCUUGAAUUUGUUACAAGUUUAGAUUUACUUGCCCUCUAAGUUCUACUGUAAGCCGCCAUGUUUUUUUCAGUCCACUCACAUAUUCGAACUAUUUCUUUUUGAACGUUCCAUUUUUAAAUCGGGUGUGUGUGAGGGGGGAGGGGUGGUCGCACGUAAAUAAUAUUUACAUAACAAAUUAAUAAAUAAAUAUUAGAUUUAUCCCCUCCUCCAGCAGAUUAGCUGGUGUAUUAUGUAAAACAAUAAAAAAAAAUAAAAAAAAACAAUAAGGAAAUUAGUUUUCCUGAAUUAGUUUGUGAUGAACAUGCAUUCUAUGCUAUGAUGUAUUGUCACAGCAAUAGCUUAGAUAUUACAUCCUUUUUUUUUUUUUUAAGUGUUUUUUUAUUUUGUAUGGAAAUGUGUGUGUGUUGUGUUAAUCUGAAUGUAUGUAUAUAUGUUUGUUUGUUAUUGUUGUGUUAAUGUGAAUGUAUAUGUGUGUGUGUAUGUAUGUCAGUGUUGUGUUAAUGUGUGUGUGUGUGUGUGUGUGUAUUAUAUAUAAUAUUUAUAUAUUGCCCUAAGGCUAGGGGAGACAGGGUGCCCUUGUUUUGCUGUGGGCAGGGAAGCUGGUAUCUGGAUUUCAUAGAGAUGCCAUAUUGCCUAACUGUUGCUGAACAGCUUGUGUGAAAUGGGAGCUGGGAUGGAAAGGCAGAAGGAGGGGAGGGAGAAUAAAAAAGGAGGGAGAGGGGCAGAUAAGGAGGGAACAGUGUAGCCUUUCAAAGUUUGCUCUCUUUGUUCAGCUGUCCUGUGCAGAUCUACCAAACAGGCUGUGCACUCUGCCUUUAUUUAUUUUGUAGUACCAGUGUGCAAAUACAGCAGGAAAAGCCUUUUUCCUCUCUUUCUUUUCACUGUGUUUGGCAGUAAACAAAUCUGUAAUGAUUUAACCUGAUGCAGGCAGAAAUAGCCUUACAAUGGCCUCUAGACUUUUUUUUUAACCCUGUGAGUACCCAGCACUAGCCUGACUCAGGAAUGGUUACAUGUAUUCCCCAACAAAACAUUUAAAUGUAUAAUUAUUGUUUUGAUCUCCAUCCCCUCCUCCCCCAAAUUAUUAUGUGGGAAUUGUUGUAAAAUUAAAUUGCUCAGAUUGAAUAUAUGGAGGGGGGUGUUGUCGGGAGGUGUGCCAAUUUAGUUUGGGGGUAGACUGGACCGUUGCAGAAAAUAGAUAGUUUUUAAUGAAAAAUAUAUAUUUAUAAUUCGCUCACAAAGUUAUUCAUUAAACUCCAAGUAGAAGCAGAUUUAAAAUCUCAAUGGCAAAAUGAACACAAACAUAGCUGAUUUUAAUUUACUACAUACAUAGUUUAAUAAAUAACCAUUCAACUUAAAUGCAGUGAAUUUAAAAUUCAAUGUUCUCAAUAUGUGUAUGAUUUUUUGUAGAUUUGUUAUUUUGACCUGAAGUUUUCGAAUUAAGGAUUCAGUUCACCCCCUAUUCAUCAUUUAGUGAACACAAGUUUACAGUAAAAUAAACACAUUCCUUUUUUUUUAUUAUUGCAAUCUAGUUUGAUACUUUAUUGUUGCUCUGUUAUUUUGGUUUUGUACAGUAAUGCAUUAUCUAAUAUAGUUGACUGGUAUAAAUAAAGAUUGUUAGGGUUAUUAACUAGAGUAAAAAAUUUCAGGAAUUCUGAGUAAAUUUCACUUGUAAGGUCACAUAACUGAAUUGGAAAAAUUUCUCAAAGCUGUAAUGCUUCAAGUUCAGAUUUUCUGAUCUAAAAAAUUACAACUCACUUUGAAUUCUCUCUUUAGUGAAUAGCUCUGUAACGGAUUUUGAUUAACUUUAAAGUUUAGUUGCAUAGGCUGUGCUUAGUAACAUGUAACUGAGCAUGCAAUGUAAUCCCAUUGUACAGCGCUUCGGAAUUUGCUGGCACUAUAUAAAUAAUAAGAUAAUAAUAAUACAGUGUGCGUGUAUUGGGGGGUUGAGAGAGCUGUAGUUAUACUAUAAUAAAUCUACCAUAUCUCAUGGUAGUCUCACAAAUGAGUGCCACACACCAUAAUUAGAUCAGUAAUAAUUUAGGCUCUACUAAAGUAUGGAUUAAAAGUGAAUUUCAACUUUCAGGUUAUGAUAGCUGAAUUUGGAAAAGCUGUGAUUUUAGUUCGGCUGCUAUGAUCUAAAAGUUUUUAUUCACUUAAUUUCUGACAAGUGAGUGACACUGUAACACUUAUUAACCCUGUCAGGACAGAACAUUUUACAAUAAAAAAAAACCAAAAAAAACAGGAAGCAAAGGUAAAAAUAAAAGUUAUGUGUAGAAUGUAUUUGAAGCAAAUGAAAUGAAGGCAAAAAAAAAAAAUCUUUGCAGAAUAUCACAUUUUCACUUUUUUUCCCUCAUUCAUUUCAGAAGUAUUCUGGGAAUGUGAAGUACUAGCGUAUACAGUAUCUCUUGUCUUUCAAUCAUACAGAAGGAGUGCUAAAAGUUUGCACAGAACCAAACAUUCAAUUUUUAGAACUUUCACUAGAUUUGUAGUUUAAAAAGUAUACAAAUGCCCGACUACCCUGCUCACAGGUGUUUGUAAGGAAUCUGCUGCUAUUUCUGUUAAACAGAGGUGAUCAAUGGGUUUGCAUGCAUGUGAAUGUGUAUCUAAAAUGUCUUGCUAAAAAGAGGAAAGUGUGUAGCUGUGAUUGUUGAUUCCUGAGAGCAGUGUGUACUUUUAGAGCAACUCCAAGCACUGUAGAUAAGAAAACACUACACAGAGUGCCAGUAUAUUGUGAAUACACUGGCCAGACGGCUUUACACACUGUUGUCAGAUAUGCGAUUAUAAAGCAUGUAUUGCUUGUAGUAGGAUUGCAACAGUUUUCCUGAUUUGACAUACAUGCGUUGCCUUUCCCUAUUCUUUAAAAUCAGGCUAAACAUUAAUGAAUUAGAUUGAUCGUUUUUGACAGUGUUGUUCUCCGUUUGCAUUUCAUUCAGUGAAUAUUUUUUUUUUUUUUUUUACUAUGUGACAUUCUUGUAGAAUGAAACUCGCAUUCUUCUUUGUUACUGCAUUCCUGGGAAACACCAUUGGCUAUUUGAUAUGGUACGAGUUUUUUUAUACCAUCUAAUCAUUUAAAAAUGGAUUUGAACACUUAAAACACAGAGUUAAGGAAGUCCUUUGUGUUCAGUUUUAUACAAGCAGCUUUCAAGUUGCCAGGGUUAGAUCAUUGAUUUUCAAGGAGACUUAGGUCAGGAUCUUAACUAAAGCCACUGCGCUAUCUCGGUGCCAAGUUACCGUCAAGUCAAACUGCUGGCAAAAGAUGUCAUCGCCGUUUUCAUUGGACUCACCUGGUUCCCAGCUCCAGAGCACAUGAUAUAUUUAAUACUCAAGUCCCUGAAAUGGGCUGGGGUAUUUUUAGUGAAUACCCAACAUAUUAACUUGUGGGUUUUCUCUAAAAUUAAUUUUAUUGACACAUGUUUCACAAGAUUAUUCAUUCAUCACAUUGAUCGAAAAAUGGAAGCUACUCUACUUAUAUUGAAUAACUCCUAAGAUUCUCAGCCAUCGGUAGCAAGCACAGUAUUCUUCUCCAGAAAGUAAUGUUUUUAAGCCUUUUUACCUUUAAAAAAUAUUUAGUUUUUAAAAAUAAAGUAUUUGUCAACGGACUUAUUAAUAAAUCUAUGAGUUACUGACCCAUAAAGCUGGCACUUUAAUUCCUGGAGUUCUAACUGCAAUAAAAACCUGGCAGUUUUCUUAACUUUAAAAACAGAGGUAUCAGGAGAAAUUGAAAAAAUAUAUAUUUAAAUUGAAAAUAUGUAAUUUUGUGUCAGUUUUGUGUAUACAUAAACCAAAUGGAUAUCAGGUGCAUAGUCAGUAGCAAUAGCUGCAUUUAUAUGGGCCAAUUUAUAUGGGCAACCGAUGUGCUAGUCUGUAGCAGCAGUAUUAAUAGCCCAGCCUUAGCAGAGAUGAUUCAGUGUGGUACUUGUUAAGUAAUAGUUUCUAUAAGGACUUUAAUUUAGAACCAGUUAAUCAACAAACAUGCUGAGUCACUACAUAGAAUGUUUGUGUUGAUCUUCAUAAGGGUUAAUAUGAAUAUAAAUAAGCCAGCUCAUUUAGAAAGUAUGUUUUUAUGUAUGGUGUGUGUAUUUAUAUCAUGUUUGUGUACUAUUAUGAUGUAUUCUUCUUAGUAGUGCAUGUGAUCACACAUGAGCACAAAAUGCAUCACACAUGUCUAGGGAUAAUAGCGCAACUGUAUUGAAAACCAAAGAGUUAAAGGACUCUUCAAUAAACUAUGAGACUUAAGCAGCCACAGCAGGAUAGCUUGGGUAAUCUAGAUGCCAACGUGGUAGACAAGUCUUGGCAAAUUCACUGUCCACUUUGUCAUCACAGUAUAGACCAGGGAUAGGCAGCCUAUGGCACUCCAGAUGUGGUGGAAAUGUAGUCCAAACCAUCUUGAGUGCUGAAGGUUGCCAACCAAUGGUAUAGACUUUCCCCUUGGCUUCUUGGUGACGUGGGAACUCACCAAGCUACUUUGGCAUGUCCUUCCAAGGUCAGCCUAGAUUCUUUUUAGAGAUGGCUAGUGUUGGCACUGUAAAAGCUGUGUGCUUAAUCCAGUACUAGUCAGUUGGCAAUUAUGAUUCGCUACAAGCAAAAAAAAAACACACCCACAGUUUUCCUCAGAAAGGCAGAUGAUACAUUGUUCCUCAAUAAAGUCUCCCUUUCUGAGGAAACCCUCUGGGCUUUUUGUGUGUGCUAUUUUCCAGUGUAUGUUUGGAGUUUGUCUUUCCCUACUGGAUUAUCCCAUUGGUAUUGCUCCCUUAUUGGCGUGUGCAGUCCCCAAUACGUGUACACCAAUUAUCACUGUUUUAUUGAGUAUGCUCUAAGAUUCUAGGUGAUAUGUUGAAAAUCACCACUUAAAGGUUGAAUUGUGCUAAACACAAACCCUUAAUGAUAAGAUCUUAUAAUAUGGUAUUCAUCACACUUUAUUAUAAUCCAAAUGCAUUUUGGAGCUUUACAGAACUGUGUAUCUCUGUCUUAAAAAGCAUUACUCAAAAUGUGUAGGAAACAAUGUCCUCUCGGUUGGGCUCUUAACCCUUUUGUAAAUAAUGACAAACAUCUCUCUUUCCUCUUUAAACCCUGGCUAUAAUCCUUUAUCUCAGUUAUUGUGAUACCCUACUAAGUUUGUUUGCCAUUCUCAUAAGUUGAUAAACCGGUUUCUGUUUCUAAGCUUGCUUUACUUGGUUUCGAUUCAUUUAAUUUUGCAGUAGGAUUUGUUAUUUUGAAUUUGAACCUGAUUAGAUAUGUUGUGAUUUUGAACAUUCUGUAUUCCUUAGUAGAGAUAACUAACCCCCAUUGUAGUGCUGGCUUAACCAGCUGACUCGCUCACAAGAUGGACAGGUAUCCUAGAAUAUCUGUAAAGAUAAUUUACCUAUUUUUCAUGCUCUCACACAUUUUUAUGACAUUUAGGAGUUAAAUCACUUUCUUUAAGCAGCUCUAGUCACACCUACCUGCAUGCGACUUGCACAGCCAUCCUAAACACUUCCUAUAAAGAAAUAUUUAAUGUUUAAACUUCCUUUUUUGCACCAUCUGUUUAAUUUAGAAUUUAUCUCGUCCUCCAGUAAUAGCUUUCUUGACCCUACAGGAGUCGCCUGUGUGUGAUUAAAGUUCAAUGUAUGGUGCAGUACAUUCUAAAGCAAGUUAAUAUCUGAUUGACACAGCAAAUGGUUUCAUUUUCAAUGCGAUUUAACUUGUGAAUUGCAGUGAAUUGAGCAAUGAGACUGCAGAGGCAUGAUCUAGAAACUGGAACUGCUUAAUUAAGCUAAGGUUGUUAUUGUGCCUAUAGUGUAUAAGCUUUAUUUCUUUGUAGUGUCAGUAUGUCAAACUUUUUGCAAGCUGCUCUGUACUUUGAUGAGACUACAAAGCCUAUCUUUAGAGUAUGCUAAAUAACUAAACUGACUGAAUCUAGAUGUGCCUCACACCUUUCUCCACCUGGUUCAUAACCUAAUUUCUGGAAAGUUCCUGUAUUACCUGAGCAGCAUGUUUACCUUAACUCCCUACGGCUCCUGCAGCCUCCCGGCUAGUUCUGUUACUUUACUUACUGUUACCUGUUACUGUAAGUGGGUCUAGCUGAUUUCUCAUGCAGAGCGCCGCUAACAUGAAACGAAAAACAUAAAAUCUCCACCAAUGUAACAUCUAGGGAAUAAAAUCUGCCAUUACCCCCUCAAACACAAGCAAGAAUAUUUAUUGAUCACCAAAUUUUAGAGAAAUAAACCUGAAUCGCAAAAUUUCAGCUAAAGUAGACAGGCUGUGCCUUUUUUGAGUUGCAGAAUUUUUUCAAAUCAGCAAUUUUAGCCUUAAUUUGCCAAUACCGAUUUUAUUUGCUCACGUACACCUUUACCAGAUCUCUUGCUACAAUCAGGCAUAAUCUAUUAUACCAGUAUAAAAGUGCUUGUGUUUAAUUGUGAUAUAUAUGAGAAAUCUCACUGUUGUAUUCCUAGUAAGACACAUUCGUAAAUAAAAAAAGUAAAAAAUGCUCUAAGCAACUCAUGCAUGCAUUAAAUUAAUUGGGCAAGUAAAAAUGCAUUGCAAGCUGUUGUUUGUUGUAAAUCUGUUAAAACAAAGCAACCUGAAUAAAACAGGGCUACACACAAGUAAACACAGUCUAGUCUGCUGAAUGAUUGGGGAGAUUUAACUAUCCCUCCUUUCCUGUUUAUUGCUGGCAGUUCACAGGGCUAAACAUAUAUACACAACAAUUUGUGUACUAUGACACUUUGGUUGAGUAUUGUGUGUGAACACCCUACCCUUUCAAUAGCAGGGGCCACACAGAAGCUCAACACAUAUAUAUAUAUACACCAUCUGCAUAAAAUAGACCAAUCUCUGUGGUGAAAAAAAAAAGCUAUUCUUUGAGGUGUUUCUGUUAAAUAAAUACAAAGUGCAUCUUAAACCCUAGACAAAUAUCAUGAUUGGGAUUGGCCUGGUUAACACAUUCACCGCUAGCAGUGAGAUCGCUGCAUGUGCAGGUUUUCUACAUAUAUAUAAAAUCUACACAUUUUUUACUAAAUGUUCUCUUUUUGUUAGAUGCGUUCUUGAACCUUUGGUGCAUUGAAGUUCACUUUAAAAGUUACACUGUUACACUUGUAUUAUUAUUUAGAUUUUUACUUGGUGCUAACAAUGCAUUGUGUGCUGUCAGAUGAAAUGAAUAUUUUGCUUUGAAAUCAUUUAACCAGUUUACAUUGUACUGCCUUAGGCAUAAUAUUAGGAUCUACAUUACCCAAUGUACAGAAACAGUCUCUCUAUGCUGAUUCGUAUAAAGUGAGCUAUUUUGGCAGUGAUGCAGGCAUUACUAGAAUAGUUUAUUUUCUGGAAGAGAGUUUGGCAACAUUGUCUUUUAGCAAUGUAACAUACAUCUGUUUAGAGUGGCUCUGUUACCCUUUCUCCUAAAUGAUUAUUUCAUUAUUUCAUAAAGAUACAAUCUUUAUGAAAUAUAUAUCGACUGGAUGUUGGAAUUUCACUGGAAUUCCAACGCUGUCAAAAGAAAUACCAAGACAAAAUAGGAACUAGUACACUUAACAAAAGGCGAAUCUGAAAAGUGCUACUUCCGUCCAGCUUAGCAUUUCCCCCAGUGGUCACUAGUGAGACCAAAAGGGCAUUGUAUAUUAAAACACCCAGCAGAGCAGGGUGUACAAAGACUGUAGCUGGUGAGAGAGCCGCUGUAAAGCCAGUGAAACUAUAUAUAUAUAUAGUUUAAAAAUAUAUGGAGUGUUAAGGUUAGUAUCAGUAAUUUAGGAGAGAUGUAAACAUUACUGCAUUAUUGUAUUUUUAGAUGUUUGAAACAUACAUUCCCUGUACAGUUUUAUCUACUUGUGUUAUGAUUCAACUGUUUUUUCUUUUCCAUUUAAAGGAACUGUGAAUUGAAAAAUGGGUUUAUAAUGCAUACAUAUGUCAGAACGUCAUUUUAAUUAUUUUCAGAGUACAAUAACACAUUCUUAUGCAGUGCCUGGAAACUUUACAGUGGCCCAGAUAGGGUCCCACCUGCGUAGAGCCCUGAACCAAGUCAUCAUAGGGACUGGAUUAGGAUUGCACCCACAAUCUGUGUAUGACCCUGUUUUGCAACUCAGUACAUGCGCUGACAGGGUAGCUAUGUGAGUCAUUUCUUGGUACUUGUGUGCUACUGAUAACAUUGCUUUUAGAUCAUCCAACUGGCCACUUCUCUUAAACCUCACUGUACGUCCUGCUUUAAUUUAGCUUAGGGCUUGAUUAUUAGGUACUUUCCCCAAAAAACAUCUGUAUUGAAAUGGAGGAUUAAGAUCCAGGCUCUAUUGUUUGCCAGAAGGCAAUAAGAUAAGCUCUUGUUAGUUUUAUCUAGCAGGUCAAGAUAAGACAAUUGCUUUAUAUAAAUAAAACAUUUAUAUGCAGUCAAAAAACGCAACACAUGGCCACCAGCUUUUAAAUGCAUCGAUUUAAUAUGCUUUCCGAAUGGUUCAAUACUUGGAAUGCCUUCCAAAUUAUUUAUCUACAAAAUCAUCUAGAGACCUUAAUGGUGACUUGUGUUGAUAAAACAUUUGAAACAUUUUUUAAAAAAGUAUUGAAUCAUUGGAAAGCUUAUUAUAUUGAGGCCUUUUUUAGUACGAGUUCUAUUCACUAACCAGUGAAUUGAAGUUAAUUAAAAUCUAAAUUGUAGGCCAACAUACCUGCGUUGCAAACAUUCUUUGACUCCGGUAUUUAUCAAUUGGACAGAAUUAGCUUAAACUCAUGUGUCAGGUCACCAUGAUUCACAACUGAGUGACUAAAAACCCUUAGUAAUGUUUAUUAUCCACUCGUUAUGGAUUUAAAUAGUGUUAUGAUUAUAUAUAUAUAUAUAUAUAAAGUGUCAUAGUAAUCUCUAUUGUUCCUAACCAAGACAUACAAGUUAGACAAAACCAUUUAUAUAUAUAAAAAUAUGUGAUGAGUGCCGUGUUCAAGCAAGCAAGUGUUAGCCAAAAAGCACAUCCUUACCAGAAAUUAAAGUAACACUCUAAGUACCAUAAUGGUUAUGUUGUCAUAAUGGCUCUGGCGUUUCCCCAGUUUAAGUAGCAAAACUUUUUUUUAACAGUUUAACGUCUUACCUGAGGUCCACUACUAAUGUUGGAUAGCAGGAACAUUCUAAGCAGGAGCUUCCGCUAGCUCUUCUGAGCUAAGCUCUAAAGCUCAAGGCUUAGCUUGUUGGCUGAGAGUGAUAAACUUGCUUAGGGACUUCUGGCUUCUGCGGUUAGUAAUGGAGGUGGGGAGCGGUGCCUUGCAGACCCCAUUUAUGAAGUUUAGCUGUUACAAAAUGGUUAGGCAAUUUACAAUGGGGUGACGCCAGUGCACUCUUAGCAUCAUAACUGCUACAGUUUUAUAUAGUGGUUAUGGUACUUGGACUGUUUCUUUAAUCUCCCAUGAUGCGUUGUCAGCAUUUCAGCUGCUUGACCGUCACUGGUCUACAGGCAACCUCGGUUGUGAAUUUAAUAUACUAGUUAACUAAAAGACACCGGUAAUCUAUAACUAGUAGAAACCCCCCCACCCCUCCCUUGUACAGUUUUACAUACAUUAUACAUAGUUUUGAAGAGGAAAUAUGUUUCAUAAAUUAUUAAUGUACAGAGAGCUAUUUCUUAACCAGUGAGCUCACAACUGAAAGAUUAAAAAAUUACUGUGGGAAAAGUAAAAUUAGCAAAAGAUUGGCAAUGUGUGUGGGUGGAGGAGGCAGGAGAGUUUAAAUCAGCAAUCUCAUCAAGAUCUGCUGCUGAUAGACAGGUAGGAGAGAUCACUAAAAGCCUAAGGGUAACUUUAAAAACUGGAGAUACAAGUUAGAGAUCAGAACAGCCUGGGGAGGAAAAAGAGAACCGUCUCUGUUAGAGAAAGGGCUAAAACAGAACCCCCAGCGCUAUUGUUCAUGUUGCCAACCCCCAUUUUAAUAAAAAAAUAUUAAUUAAAAAAAAAAUACUUAUGUAUGUAUGCAUAUAUAUCUUUUUCUUAUUUUAUUUACAAGACCCACAUUAAUUGUAGUUAAAAAAAACAUUACUCUGCAUGUUAGUUGAUUCUUUUAGAUACUGUAUACACCAAGUUUAAACCAAGUUAUUCACAAGCUGCAAAUGGAAAGUGAAUUUAAAAUUUUAGGCUAAAAUAGCUGAAUUUGAAAAAUUUUAAAUUUAGAACUCAAUGUGAAUUCACUUGCAUUUCCAACAGUUCACACUGUAUGGGUUUCUAGAAACCAGGUUAAGUAAGAGUGACAGAGAGAUUUGGAUUCAAAGCAGGACUGUCCCUCUAUAACAGAGACACUUGGAAGGUAUGUUCAAUAAUAUUGGAGACCUACACUUAGUCCAUCCAGUAUUUUUGGCUUGCUGUGUGGAUUUAGAUUUUAUUUUUAUAUUACCGUGUUAUUGUCAUUAGUUUAAAUUUAUUUGCUGCUUUUUCAUAUGUACAAAAGAAAAAAAGAAAAGGUCUCAUCAUUAGAUCUAAUCUUCUUUUUUUGCUAUGUAUUUAUGAAAUCUCAGAGCAGGUUGCACCUGAAAUUCUGGUUCACUUGUUUGACUUCCUCAUACAGUUGACGGUUUAAAUCUAGGUAAUCCUUGCAAAACCCAUCUUUGCGGCUUAGUUUAGGUGUUUACACACUCUGGUGCCAUUCAAGCAUGAUGCUAGCGAUGAAAGGUGAAGCUGGUAUAAGUACCAGGACCCCCAAAAUGAACGAAUAAUACUCUCAUAAGAGAUAGGAAAGUUUUACAAAGUUAAAAACAGUGAACAAAAAGUUUCGUAUUAAUUAAAGGGACACUCCAAGCACCAUCAUAAAUGCUGCUCAUUACAGGUUAUGGGUUGCAGGUUAUAGUGCAAGCAGGCUCUCUGUCCUUGUUUUUGUACUAUACAUGCCUUUCAAGUCACUUGUACCUUGCAAUGAUCCAUGAAAUAGUCCAUUCUUCAGAUGUCGCAUACAGUAUAUGUGGAGUAGUCAGUAAGCUGAUAGCAGCCACUGCUAUCAGCUGAGCCAUCAACAUUAUUCAUACUGUGUGAUGAAUAGGAAUGUUAGCAAGUUCUGAAAAUAUAUAUCCCAUAAUAACCUUUGUUUCCUGGUCUGGGCAAAACUUACUGCUGAGGUUGAAAAUCCAGCAAAUGUAGGAAUUUUAAAAGUAUUUAAAAAAAAUAAAAUGUAUAUUUGUGUGGCCACUUUAAUUCACUAUCUGUAUACUGCAUUAAAUUAAUGGGACUGACUACCUUCCUGGAGUGUGUCUUUAAUACAUCCUUAAUUAAGUGAGAAAAAAAAAACAGUGAAGCGGUCACUGUCAAGUUUGACCAUCUCAGACAAUCCAAUGCUUUCCCAUAGAAAAGCAUUAGGAAGCUAUUGCGCAGGCGUGGCAAAACACUGCUUUUUCUCUGCUUUUUACAUUAAAAAGCCUGCAGGGACAUGCUAUAGAUAACAGAACAAUUACAUUAAGUUGUAGUUGUUCUGGUGACUAUACCAUACCUUUAAACAAGAGGGCAGGACUAGUGAGAGGAAUAAAAAUGUAGACAUUAAAGGGACACUAUAGUCACCGGAACAACUGUAGUUUUUCCUGUGUCUGCAGCCUGUAUCUUCUGGAAAUUUAAUGUAAACACUGACUUUUCAGAAAAAUGGCAGUGUUUACAUUACUGCCUAGUGAUACCUAAUGCAUCUCUAUAAGGAAAUACUGAUUGGCGCACAAGAGCGUUUUGCUGCGCAUGCGCAAUAACCUCCCAAUGCUUUCCUAUUAGAAAAUUCAAUGAUCUCAGCCACGGAAGCAGAGCAAAUCGUGGCGAGACUGGUGCAGCGUGGCAGAAAAGAUGAGUAAAAUCACCUUUUUUUUAAAAAUUCUUUAUUUUUGGUUUGACGAAGUAGUUGAUAAACAUGAAAGCAGUUACAUUUUCGUACAUGACAGCGCAGUGUCAUACAUUAGCGUAGUGAAUGCAAUUGACAGUUGUCAGUUUAGGCAUAUUAUAUACAUCAAGUUUUCUGUGGGUGUCUUCGUCUGAACUUUUGGUAUAAGUGGCAAGCGGUGUUAACUAUAUACAAUAGCUUUGUUGUGAAGGGUUAGGCUUAGAGAGUAGAGUGUCAGUCCCCUCGCUUCCUGGGGUGGUAAAAUCACCUUUUAACGCAAAGAAACCGGCACCUAUAUAUAGUGUCUGGAAUACAUGUUUGUGUUACUGACACUAUGAUUUCUUUAAAUCAGGGAAAUUCUUGUAUUACAGAGAAUUGUGGUUAUGUAGAAUAGAUCUCCAGUAGAGGUGGCAGAGCCUAAUAGAAUGGAAAAUGUCAAGAAGGUUAAGGAGAGACUGCUAUCAGUGCGGAGCUAAUAGGCUUUUAUCAGCUGUCAAAAUCAAUGUAUGUUUGCUAUAGGAGAUGAUCGUGGAAAAUAUACUAUACAGUAUGGUAAAUGUUCGCUCUUCUUUUAAUGCAUAAAAAAAAAAAAAAAGAAAUAGACCUAUUACGGAGUUAUUUACUAAGGUGAGAAUUCAAACUGAAAAAUUUAAAGGAACACUAUAGGUACCCAGACCACUUCCCAUGGAGAAAGCAUUGGAUUGGCUAAAAUCAUCAAGGGGGCGGGCCAAACACAGUUUUGGCCAAUCAGCGCCUCCUCGUAGAGAUGCAUUGAAUUAAUGUAUCUCUAUGAGGAAAAUUCAAAGUCUCCGUGCAGAGCUUGGGGACACUGUACGGCAGAGCUGCCUACAGUGCAGCACUGAGUCAGGAAGCACCUCCAGUGGCCACUUGGAAGUGUCUCUGAAAAGGCAGUGUUUGCAUGAAAAUGCCUGCAUAUAAUGAUUAUACUUACUAGAACAACUACAUUAAGCUGUAGUUGUUCUGGUGACUAUAGUGUCCCUUUAACUAUACUUUCAGUUUGGUGAAUCUGACCUUAAGCUUUUAAUUCUUGCUUUAGUUUCUUGCUUUAGUAAAUAACCCUGCUAUAGAUGGCUAUUUCAGCAUACAUUUUGUUAUACUGAUUUACUGCUCUAUAAUUCUAGUUUAGUGAAUAACACUGGUGGAUAAUAAAACCAAAAGGUAAUGCUUAUUCAAGAAAGUGUGACUUACAGGAAAUACAUUUAUGUGUUUUUAGUUGCUAAAAUCAGGUAUAACAAAGGAGUUGUGAGAAUGUGACCCAACUGAAAGACAAUGGAUAUUGUUGUCAUAUGUUGAUGGACUACAAAUCCCAUAAGGCCCUGGGUGCAUACACCCUGCAUUCAUUAAAUGGGACUAUUGGAUAAAAGCAUACCGUGGGAACAUAGAAGAACAGUAGAAGUUUGAUCCCCUUUUUUUUUUGUCCGUUUCAAUAUGUGAAAUCCUUUCUGCAGAAUUUAAUUUCUCUGCCUUUUCAAACUGAGCCAAGUUUGCCUCCAAUAUAUAGAUUCUGUUGACAGCUAUCUGGAUCCCUAUAGAAUAGUUUGCCACUGGUUAGGUUCUGAAAUAUCUUCAACAAGAACUUGAAAUUUAACAGGGAUAGGAUAAAAGAUCUCUUGGAUUAUUUUUUGGCAGAAGGUUCACUUUUUACAGCAACCGUUAAUUUAUACAUGGUCUCGGAAACCAUUAGAGAUUCAUUUUGGUGAAAUGAAAUAUGUGGCUUGGCUAGUCUCAUCUGAAUAAAGUUUUCACAGUUUGAAUAAAGUGUAGCUGAAUUUAUAAUUUGUGAAUGGAACACUGGAUGUUUAAAGUGGAAUUUGGUCUGCUUUUGUUGUUUUUCCAACUGGUGAUAAGUGUUAGAAUAUUUCAAGUACCAUAACCACUACAGAACACUAUAUCAUUAUGACAUUGCAGUACUUUUUAAUAUGGUUACCUUUACAGUAUUACCAUAAAAAGAGUGAUAUUUCUGAGUCAAAAUUUUUAAGUAAAUUCCUAUAUGCUUUGACGGUAUUAUUUUUAUAUACAUAACAAUAAACUAUUGAUUUUGGGCAGGCUACAAAAUUCUACUAUGUCAUACAUUGUACAGUUUUUUCCACCCUUGAGUGAUGUCAGAAGAGGAAUUAUGACCUCUGUGUCAAGGCAAAGAUCAGAACGAUUUAAUACUGUAGUUCAUGGGUGCCAAAAAGGUAGAUCACCAGAUGUUUUAAAACUACAGCUUCCAUGAUGCAUUGUCAUUCUAAAGUCAUGCAAAGCAUCAUGGGGGUUGUAGUUCUACAGCAUCUGGGGAUCUACCUUUCGUGCACCCCUGCUGUAAUUUUUUUUUAAGUUGGAGAUUGAUAUUGUUUUGUCCGUUUGCUCUACCCAGGGGAUGUGUACCCUUUGGCUACAUAGGCUAUUCUCUUCCUUUCACCCCUAAGGGGGUCGGUAAGGCAGGGCAAGUCCAGAUGUGCUGUAUGGCCACUCCUAGAAAGUAGAGGAUGUUUAGACUUCUGUCAUUCUAAGAGAUAACAAUCUCAUUGAGCCCUGGGUCUAGGUUGGGUGGGGUCUGGCUUAAUUAGUCUGGAGGCGUAUUUUAAGAUCUUUUUUUUUUCACUUUACAUAAUGUAAGGGUUGAGAACAUUUACUCUACAAUGUAAAUUAACGAUUUACUAUUUUAACGAUUUACUCGGGGCAGGGCGUAGAAUUAUUACCUUUUCUUCCUUAUUGUAUAUAAUGUUUAUCGUAAGCAAUGUUUAACUCCCUUUAGUUACUGUUGUUUAGUGAUGAGAUCUUUAUUAGCUAGCCAUAUUGACUAGCAGUAGCCCAGCUAAAAAAAAACAAAAACAUUUAGAACUGAAGGCCCUUUCACCAAGUAGGUGGAAGAGGAGAAAUGUAUAAACCCUUCACUCAUUCCAUCAGAUGUAAACUGUGGCUCUCAUCAUGCUUCGGGAGCCCAGAUCUGUGCAUACACUCUACAUCAAUAUUAACACCAAAAUGAUACUACAAAAAUAUAUGGCACUACAGCUACUAUGUGUCCAGCAGUUUAUGAGCAUGACACGAGAUGUUCCCAGCGGUUGCUAAAAGCUUGCCUAGUAUAAGAGAAGGUCACAGCAUAUUGUAUAUUAAGGGUUUCCUGAAGCUGGUAGUGCAUGAUGGGGGUUGUAGUCUAAAUUAACUGGCACUUUCCUUGAAAGUAUAAAAAGUCUGGUACUAAAAUGAUAUGUUCGGAAUUAAAGAUGCCUGCAGUGCAUUGCACCAGGAGUCUAGGACUUGGAUGCGAUGCUCUGCAGGCAGCUCUGGCUUUGAAAUACAAUUGCUGUCCCAGUUUUCAUUGGUAAAGCAAUAAAGCUUGCAUUAACAGGAUUUGCUGCUGGAAGUGCAGCCAGGAUCACAGCCAGCAACUCCUGACUCCCAAGUCAUGUGCACUUAAAACUCCACCUCAUAUCCUUGCAUUGUUCUUCCAAACAUGAAUGAAUCACGCAGGAAGUGACACACAAUCCAUUGCUUAGCAACACUGUUCUCCUUGUGAGUUCAGUGUGUUUUCAGCCUGGCCAGGUAGUUCCUGCACAGUCUACGUCAUUUAUAAUCUCCGUAUUCCCAACUCACAGGGCCUAGAUUUUCAUCGCAAUCUAAAAUUUAAAAGCAGUGUGUGGGGAGGGGUGACUUUGGUAGCUCUAUAAUUCCUGCAAGGAGUCGUAGUCCUAAAAUUUUAAGAAGACCAGGAUUUUUUGUACUGUAAACAGAUCACCUCUAUCAACGUAAAGUUAUCAAUUUCAUCACAAAGGAUACUUAUGAAUAAAUAGAUAUAACAAAUAAUAUAUCGACCAUUUUUUUUUAUUUCUGUUGUACUGAUAACUUCCCUCUUCACUUUGGAUAAUUUAAAGGGACACUCCUGGCACCAAAACAACUUCAACCAAAUGAAGUUGUUAUAGUGCCAGGUGGCCACUGGAGCUCCAGCGUUGAUGUUCACCCCCCCCAGGAAGCGGGCAGGGGCACUGCUGAUUGGCUGAGAGCAGUCAGUUGACGAUCCCAGAGAAAUCAAUGACUCCCAAUUCACUAAACUGGCUUGAGAAAGUACGUUUCUUUCCAAGCCAGUUUAUUAAAUGGGGAGUCACUGAUUUGCUGAGAGUGCCUUAGAAGAUCUAACCUUUACAGCUCAUUUUAAGGCAGGGGGUGGAACGGUUUUAAAUCACCGAAAGUGUCAUGGCUAAUAAUAAAUUCAUUAUUGAAUUCAUUAUUUUUGCUUUCAAUUAUACACUGUGACUAAUAAUUUAAAAAAGAAAAUCAUGUUUUUUUUUGUUUUUUUAUCAUGUCUCCUUCUAAAAAUCACCAAGGUUUUUGGAAGCAGUUGAAGUGAUUUAAAAAAAACCAAAACAUCACAAAGAAAACUGAGCCUUCGAUACAAACAAUCUGUUUGAAAAGUGAAGAUCUUCCAAUGAAGAGCUUAUAUACAAGUGGCCAAAACACCCCAAAAGUGAAUUUUAACAAUUGGCAACGUUUCAUAUUCUUUAACCCCUUAAGGACACAACUUCUGGAAUAAAAGGGAAUCAUGACGGAAUAUUUCCAUCAUGUGUCCUUAAGGGAAGCGGGGACAACUAUGCCAGCUCAGUCAGCUCUGACCUAAGAUCCCUGGGGGGCUUUAGCACAGAUCUGAAAUUGAGUCUGUGUGAGCUGGCUGUUCCCCUGUUCCAUGGCACUGUGUACUGUGCUGUUGUUGUUCAGUGUGAAUUGUUAAAUGUCAGAUUCACAAUUUAACCAGAUAUAUAUAUAACCCAGCACUUCAGACUACUAGUGUUAUUAGCAAAGACCUAAUGACCUUUCAUAAAUAACGAAACAAAAAGAAAUACUGCUCCCAUUCUGCCUCUGAUCCUAGAGGAUUUCGUAAUAGACUGCGAGACACGUUGCUUUGUAUAACCUAGUUGUAUUCAGAAAGAAGCGCACUCAUGCACUUAUCCUCUUCAGCUAUACUUUGAAAGACACAGAGAUUCCAAUCAGUAACCACUUCCUGGCUCUCCAAAGCCUCCUGUAAGAUAGCCUGUACAAACACAGCAGUGAUUUAGGUUGUUUUUUUUUUUCUCUUGGUUUAUAGACUUUACUCCUGCCCCCUCCUCUUCUUACUGAAUCUGCUCUCUCUGUGUACAAGUCAAUAUGUGCUACCUGACUCACUUAUCUCCUCUAAUUUAAGGAAGAGCCUAAUCCAGAAUGGAUUUAUCUUAAGGAAGUAAUUUUGGGGGUAGAUACUGCCCCUGGAGUCUUGCAGGUGAAAUCAGUGCUUUUCUGAUAAACAGUACUAUUUUUGCAGUUUGCACACCUCUGGUGGCUAUCAGACAGACAUCCAUUAGGGGCUUCUGGUUAAAAUAGGUUUAACUUCUGAAUCUAUUUUAUGUCCUGCGUCAGCAUGUAAAGUAUGAGAAGCAUUGGAUUGGAAGAUUGUGGCGAUUGCUUUGCUCGCGCAGCUUGCCUCCAGUACUUCUUUAUGUAAAGCAUUCUAAUGUUUUAAUAUAUUGAGGAAUACACAUAAUAAAUCAUAAUAAUAAAAAAUAUAUAUGUUGGAGUGUUUGUUUAAGCAAUGCAGUUUACACCUUUAGGACUAAGCUGUCUGGCAGAAGACCAGAGUCUCAAGCCACUAGGGUGGAUAUGAAAUCAUUAUUUACAUUUCAAUGCUGCUAAUUGCUUCUAUAUAUUGUCAUCAGCCACCGAGGAACAAACUACACAUGACCUACUUUUAUGAACACGUUUUCUCCUUCAGUUCUAGAAGGAGAACAAAUAUGGCUUUGAAGGAUAACAGAAUAAAAAAAAAGGGAAACCAUCCAAAGAAAGGCAAAAACAAAAGUUAAUAUACUAAUGAAAGGGAGUGACCUGAUUCUGCUUGAUUAAGAGGGGUUUAAUGUUCCCACUGCAGAGCAGAGAUCGUAGGGUAUGUUUAAAGGGAAUCUCCAGUGCCAGGAAAACAUAUCCGUUUUCCUGGCACUGCAGGACCAGGCAGUGUUCCUCUUCCUCCCACCCCCAUCCUAUGUUGCUAAAGGGGUUAAAACCCCAUUCAGUGACUUACUUGAAUCCAGCGCCAAUGUCCCUUGGCGCUGGGUCUGGCUCUGCCCACGCUCCUCCCCCGCUGAUGUCAGCUGGGGGGGGAGUCCUAAUGAGCAUGUGCGGCAAUGGCCGCGCGUGCAUUAGACCUCCCCAUAUCAAAGCAUUAUUCAAUGCUUUCCUAUAAACAGCCACUAGAGGAGGACUUAACCCUUAUAAAAACUGCAAUAAUUACACUUGCAGGGUUAAGGGUGGUGGGAGUUGGCACCCAGACCACUUCAAUGGGCAGAAGUGGUCUGGGUGCCUGGAGUGUCCCUUUAAUAAAGGAUAGGUAGCAAGGUUUUUCCUUGAAAUUGGUAACACGGCUCUUCCAGACCUGGGCAUUUAGAAUUCUCUGUCUCUAUUUUCUUCUUCGAUUUUUCAUUUCUUUCCUGCCUCCUUCUCCAUACCUCCCAAGUGUCCCUAUUUACGGGCUCAAAUUGCUCUGUCCUUUUCUAUCCCUCUGUCCCUCUUUUCUAGAAGCUCCAUAUUGUUUCCGUGUCUGAGUGUGAGGUCCACAGCGAUAAUACUACAGUAAGGUGUCUUUAAACUACAAUAGAUGUGUUUAGAAAUCAGUCUGUGUAAAUAAGAUACAUUGUUCCUGUUUAAAAUUACAUUUUAAUUGAAUAAUUCUUAUUCCCUCCCAGACCUUCCCACCCCCUGGACAGCUCACUAAGAAUGCAGCUUCACAAUGAAUGUAAAAUGGAUGCUGUCCAGGAGGUGGGAGGGUCUGGGAGGGAGGGUCUGCUGCUGAUUGGCUGGAAUGUGUCUGCUGACUGUGAGGUACAGGGUCAAAGUUUACUCAAUGAUGACAUAGGGGGCGGACCGAACAGCGCAUAUGUUCGCCCGUCCGUGGCGAACCAUUCGGCGAACCGUUCGGGACAUCACUAGUCAUGAUUCCCUUUUAUUCCAGAAGUUUGGUCCUUAAGGGGUUAAAUAAUUGUUAAAGGACCACUAUAGUGCCCCGAGGGUGCCCCCUUCCGCCCGGCUCUGGGGAGAGGAAAGGGGUUAAAUCUUACCUUUUUUCCAGUGCCGGGCGGGGAGCUCUCCUCCUCCUCUCCUCCUCCGAUCCUCCGAUCCUCCCAUUCGGCUGAAUGCGCACGCGCGGCAAGAGCUGCGAGCGCAUUCAGCUGGUCUCAUAGGAAAGCAUUCAUAAUGCUUUCCUAUGGACGCUUGCGUGUUCUCACUGUGAUUUUCACAGUGAGAAUCACCCAAGCGCCUCUAGUGGCUGUCUCAUUGAUUUGGAUUUGGAGGAUGGAUUAACCCUUUUAUAAACAUAGCAGUUUCUCUGAAACUGCUAUGUUUAUAAAAAAAUGGGUUAAUCCUAGAGGGACCUGGCACCCAGACCACUUCAUUAAGCUGAAGUGGUGUGGGUGUCUAGAGUGGUCCUUUAACAGACUGAGGUAUCAUAUUUUCCUGCUGUCCUAUAGGGCCUGGUAUAGUGUCAGAUAAAGUCUUGUUCCUCUGAUCUUUAUUCUACAAAAAUUGCACCUUCGCAUUGUGAUUGACUAUUGUAUAAUGUUCAGUUGUUAACUUUUCCCUCAGUAAAAAUAUAUUAUUAUUAUUGUUAUUAUUAUUAUUAUAUAAAAAAAAGAAAAAAGAAACUGCAACCAGUUUGAUCAGAUCUGCAUGCCAUCAGGAGAACUUUGGGGUUAAACAAAUUGAAAUAAGGUAAGAUGGCACUCAGAUCCUCAAGACACCAUAACAACUUCAUUGAGAUAAAGUUUUUAUACAUCCUGGAGUGGUUCUUUAAUUCUUUGUCCCAUAAAAUUUUCCAAUGCCCACCUUCCUAAUAAUGGUUCCAUCACCCCCAGCAAAUAAUACCACAUGUUUGUUCACAUAGGUCUAAGUUCAUAAAGUAUUACUUUGCUAAAUAUGGGUCGGUUUACUGAAUAAUCUUUUGACAGAAGUUAUAAAAACAAAAAUAGUAGUAGAUAAAAGGCUUUAGUUCGUCAAAAUGAUACAUUAUUUGUAUAACAUAUUUUCACUUAGCAAACAUUUUGUUUUUCUUAACCGACUUUAAAUCUUUAUUGUUUAAUGUCUGAAAAAUCACUAUUCUGCCUAUUGUAAGAUAGUAGAAAACUACAUAAUUUGUUUGGCAGGUAUGACAGGGUGCAAUGUAAAAGCUGAACUUGAAGGACACAAGUCUUUUUCAGCCUAUAUGACUAUGUUAAUUCAGUACAGAAAGUGCCUGAUUCAGGGCAGAGCUCUGAGUAAAUUAAUAACUUUUUUAACUAAUGCAAGUGAACAUUUUUUUUUUUUUUUUUUACCUUCAAAGUAGAACUCUCCCAGUUUGGUACAAUCAAUUCAUGUCACGUGAUAAUUAUAAUCUGUGCAUUUAUAGAUAAAAAGCUGGCAGGAGAAUAGGGCCAGUUGUUCUUUGACACAAUCAGUGUUACCUUCUGAGCUACCCCUGUGCUGAUUAGCAAAUCUUAUAAACAUUAUUACCUGGCUCAGCCAAUGUUUUUACAACCAGCACAUGCUUAACCUCUUCAGGACCAGGGUUACACAAAUUCCUUGCUAUUUGCAAUAUUCCUCACAUGUCACUGGCUCUGCAGUGGUUAAUUAAAAUAACUUUAUUUAUUGCUUGCAAAUAAUACAUAUACAUCAGAAUUAUUGGGAAAAAAAUAUAAGGCAAAUUUAAAAUGUGUCUGUGUCUAGUUUUAUUUGUUUUUAGAUAUGUAUUGUUUGUAUUGAAGGAACACUAUAGUCACCUAAACAACUUUAGCUUAAUGGAGCAGUUUUAGUGUAGAUCAUGCGUCUCAGAUUUUACUGCUCAAUUCACUGCCAUUUAGGAGUUAAAUCACUUUGUUUCUGUUUAUGCAGCCCUUGCCACACCUCCAAUGGCUAUGAUUGACAGAGCCUGCAUUAAAAAAAAUGGUUUCACUUUCAAUCAGAUGUAAUUUAGCUUAAAGGACCACUCUAGGCACCCAGACCACUUCAGCUUAAUGAAGUGGUCUGGGUGCCAGGUCCUUCUAGGGUUAACACAUUUUUUUAUAAACAUAGCAGUUUCAGAGAAACUGCUAUGUUUAUUAAUGGGUUAAGCCUUCCCCCAAAGCCUCUAGUGGCUGUCUCAUUGACAGCCACUAGAGGCGCUUGUGUGCUUCUCACUGUGAUUUUCACAGUGAGAGCACGCAAGCGUCCAUAGGAAAGCAUUGUAAAUGCUUUCCUAUGCGACGGGCUGAAUGCGCGCGCAGCUCUUGCCGCGCGUGUGCAUUCAGCCCAGGAGGAGGAACGGAGGAGGAGAGAAGGAGGAGAGCUCUCCGCCCAGCUCUGGAAAAAGGUAAGUUUUUAACCCUUUCCCCCUUCCAGAGCCGGGCGGGAGGGGGUCCCUGAGGGUGGGGGCACCCUCAGGGCACUAUAGUGCCAGGAAAACAAGUAUGUUUUCCUGGCACUAUAGUGGUCCUUUAAACAAUUUUACCUCUUGCUCUGUAAUCUUGAACUUUAUUCACAUACAAGAGGCUCUUGCAGGGUCUAGCAAGGUAUUUACAUAACAGGGGAUAAGAAAAUCUAAAUUAAACAACUUGCAACGAAGAAAGGAUAAACUUUAGAUGAAUCUUUAUAGGAAGUGUGUAGGAAGGCUGUGCAAGUCACAUUCAGGGAGGUGUGACUAGGGUUCAUAAACAAAGUCAUUUAACUCCUAAAUGGCAGAGAAUUGAGCAGUGAGGCUGCAGGGGCAUGUUCUAUACACCAAAACUGCUUCAUUAAACUAAAGUUGUUUUGGUGACUAUAUUGUCCCUUUAAUGUGUAUAAUAAACAAUUAUAUAUGUGCACUGUAUGUGAAUAAUGCACAGUGUGCAUAAAAUAUUAGAUUCUGGUUUGCUGAUUAUAGCUUCAUUCAAAUUUGAGCUUCCAAAUGUGUCCUUUAGCAAAUAAUCCUUCUAGCUUCUUAUCUGCAAGUCUGAGAGCGUCAGAUAAACCUCAGCUAUACCACAUGCCCAGAAGAUGAACUGUACAUUAUUGAGUUAUAAUAUAGAAAAGGACAAUAUCAUUUAAUCUCUAAAAUUUAUAGCUAGUAAAUUUGUAACAAGAUUAUUUCAUGCCUUGGGAAUUGACAUUUAUUUCAUUUUAGUUCUUAUUGUAAAUUAACAUUGCAUAUUAUUUUAUUUUUAAAUGGCAAUUGAAACGCUCAGCAUAUCGGUGCAUUCCAAAUAUGAUGAAAUUGAUGUUGCUAAUAUGCAAGUUGCAACUUUCAAAUUAUCAGUAGGUGAGGAAUAGGGCUAUAUUUUGCCAUUUCAUUUUCUUUUUACACUUCAUAAAUACAUAUUUGUUAAAUUUAGGGAUAAGUAAACGUAGUAUUAAAAAUACUAAAAAUGAAAAAUCCAGGGAGGUGGGAAAAGUUAUGUUUCUAAUUCAUAUUUUAUCUAAAAUUGAAAAAUAAUAUAGUAUUCUGGUUAAUUCCCAACAAUUUAGGAAUUUACUCCAAGCACCAUGACCACUUCAGUGGUACGAGUCAGUAUGUGGAGCGAUCCAGUAAGGAACACAGCUCAUAUGUAGAUUAACCCCUCUGCUACCUUUGGUAGCUUCAUGGGGAGCCAUUAGCCAGCCUUGAACAAAGGUUUUGGGCAGGCUAGCAUCAAUUCUGUGGAAAGAUGGCGUCUGGUGGUGGCAUGGCCCCACACCUGGGCUGCCCCUCUUCUCCCCUCAGUCUGCCCUCCUUGACCUCCUUAAUUCUCUGGCAAGGGUGAGUGACAUCACCAAGGAAGAUCCGAUUGGGUUCAGGGGAGAACGUACGUGUAAAAGAGGGCGUUUUAGCUUUUUUCUUAACUAUUUUAAGCAAGUGGGGGAGGAUCACUGCAAAAAAGGUUACUCUAACCAAAACCAGUGUUUUAUAAAAAACAAGUUUUUUUGGUUGGAAAAACCCCUUUAUAGAAUGUUAUAUCUGUAAUUGAUUACAUUGAAAUUACUUUAAAAUAUUUAUCAAGUCUACGUGAUAUUUUGAUAUGUAUGCAAAAGUGAAAGUGCCACCUUUAAGUUAUUUUAAGUAAUUAUGGCAGUUCUUGUUGACAUUGGCAGUAAACCGUCCUUGUCUAUACACUGCCUUGCAAUACUGCUACAAGAUUCUACACAUUCUUCUCGAAAACUGUUUAGAUAGGUUCCCUUUAGGAAGGAAGGCCUUGAAAACUUAAUUGGAACGUUUGUUCCUGAAAUUGUCCGUCACCCAAGAAUCUUAGUGUUUCAACAUUUAUCAAAUCCUAAACACUACUGAACUACUCAACAUAGUGACAUUGCCAAGUGAAAUAUUUAACGUGUGACUUCACUUACCUAGACUGUUUGCUCAGCGUUUAGUGUAUAAUUUAUUUUCUUAUUGCCGACCAUGGUAUUUAAAGGGACAGUAUCCAGCCACCUUCCUCUUAAAUGUAUCUAUCUGAUUUGUUUUGUUUACCUAUUGCACAGCACUACAAAAUUAUGUGGGGUUACAUAAUAAAAAUAAUAAUUUAGCCACUCUCUGUCAUAAUUACCUUGAGUAAAGUAGACUUUUUUUUUUUUCAUUUUAUGGCCAGCGUGUGUGCAUAUGCAACGUUUUCCUUUUCUGCUCCUUCCCCUCCUUUUCAACAUUCAGUUAAUCCCUUAUAAGUUACUUUAUCAGACUUUCAUGUCUUUUACUGGAAAAUAAAACCACAGCAAAUCUGUACUUAAAAAAAAAAAAAAAUCUAAAUCAAGAGUGAUCAGGAGUUCUGUGGAAUUGUCCAGAUGUGUUUAUCAUAUUUGUAGAAGCUUUCUAUUUAACUUUUUCCUAUUGAACUUUUAAAAGAAAACUCUGCUGUAAAGACAAAACAAGGUGGGAAACUCUUAAACAGCUGAGCACACUGACUAAUGCUUUACUGAAAGAGCAUACAAAAAAAAAAAAAUAUAUAUAUAUAUAUAUAUAUAUAUUUAAAAAAAUAUGGUCCCUUCCCUGCCUGUCUAUCAAUUCUUGCAAUAACAAAAAAUGCUUCUUUAACAAUCAAUUCUUGCGCACAGACCUCUAUGCAGGUGGCCCAGGCAAUUUCAUGGUCUCUCUCACAGAUAUUCUUCCAGCAAACGUGACCAAUCUCACUUUAUCUAUACUGAUGUUGAUGACCAGAAUUGGUCUUGUUAGCUCUCAGCAUUGCACAUCGCAGAGAAGAGGAAAUGCAAUGUCAACUUUUAUAGAAAUAUUUAAGUUCUAUUUAAGAGUAAUUAAAAAAAAAAAAAAAAUCAAAACAAGGUUCAAAGCAUUUUUAAAGUGUUUUAUGGAAGAGCAAAAAACCCUUCCGAUUAAUGGAGUGUUAAUGGCACCCAGACCACUUAAUUUCAGUUAAGUGGUCGGGGUGCAGUGGCCUUUUAUUUUCAAACCUGCAGUGUAAAGUAGUUAUGGUAAUACUUACAUUGUAGUGUUAUAUAUACCUCUAGUGGCUGUCUACCUGACAGAAACUAGAGGCGCUUCUGAUGUGAAAAAAAAUUCAAUCUCGUCCUCACUAGUGAUGUCCCGAACGGUUCGCCGCGGACGGCGUACAUAUGCGCUGUUCGGUCCACCCCCUAUUUAUCAUCAUUGAGUAAACUUUGACCAUGUACCUCACAGUCAGCAGACACAUUCCAGCCAAUCAGCAGCAGACCCUCCCUCCCAGACCCUCCCACCUACUGGACAGCUCACUAAGAAUGCAGCUUCACAAUGAAUGUAAAAUGGAUGCUGUCCAGGAGGUGGGAGGGUCUGGGAGGGAGGGUCUGCUGCUGAUUGGCUGGAAUGUGUCUGCUGACUGUGAGGUACAGGGUCAAAGUUUACUCAAUGAUGACAUAGGGGGCGGACCGAACAGCGCACAUGUUCGCCGUCCGUGGCGAACCGUUCGGGACAUCACUUCGCAGGAGGCAGGAUGAGCGGCUGCAAGAACUGGAUCUCGGCCCUGGAAAAAAAUAUUGUUUCUUUUUUUUCUCCUCAAUUUUUAUUUAGAUUUAGGUGGGGCCCUGAAUCUAAAUAAAGGGGAUGACAGUAUAGCAUUAAGAAUGCAAGCUUGUAUUCCUAACUUUAUUUGGUUCCUUUAAAAAAAUUCAUUUGUUGCAACUACAAUCUAUUCAUUAGUACAGCAGUCCACAAUCCUUACAGAGAAACUAAAAACAAUACCUACUCAGUAUUGCAGUCUGACGGCUAGAUGUGUAGUAUGGUUUUAUAGGAUCAGAAAUGUUACCAAGGAGAUACGGUAAUGUUAGCAGUUUCAUAAUCAAAGUCCAAGCGAACAGAGCAAAAAAAAUGCCAUAGACAGUCUAAACCUUGAAUAUAUUUGGCAUGGAAACUUUAUUGUUUAUAAUGUUUGACAGCUCGGUGCACAGAGGAAAGAGAAGCCAUGAAAGUUAAAAUGAGAGAAAAAUAAAGCAAAGAUUUGGCAGGAAAGGGCGGCCUGGGACCAAACAAGCAGAAAUAUGAGACAAUCAGACAGUUUGCUGCUUCCUUGUUCUUCUUCCACACAAGAAGUAGCUAGCUUGUAAGUGUCUGAUGAAAAAUACUUUGUUGGGAAAUUCCUGAAAAACAUUGUUUAUACUCAGACUCUUCUCACUCCCUACUUUUUAAACGGACUCUGCUUCCUGAAUAAGAUUCACAGUGAUAAUGUAGUUGUAGUUUAUUUGGUCACAUCACCAUUCUGGUGUAUUUUUUUAGAAUCUAGUUUUGUGCGUAAAAGGAAAGAUUGCGAGUUUAUUAAAGGGAUAAUCGAGGCCAGACGUGGCCACAUUUUUUUUUUCUAAAGUAGUAGAUAGAUACUGCAUUAAAACGGGGAAACAAAAUACAAUUUAAAUCAAAAUAAUAAUUCUUCUAUGAGUAUCUAAAGUAAUUAACACCCUGCUCACACGGUGUGCUUGUACCAUACAAGUUUAUGUAUGGGCUGAGGAACAAGCAUAUUUUCCGCCUCUGAUAUCUCAGGGAGGGGGCCGGAGUAUAGUUUUAGCAAUUUAAGCGGAUUGUUGCAGUUGUAAGCAGCUAUGUACAAUCAGACAGGGACAGGGGACCUUCUUGCACUAUAACCUGUGUAAUAAGCAUAAGUUGCUCUCCUGUUAAGAGUGUUCCUUUUAACAUUUUGACAAAGUUUUUCUGGGAUUUUAGAUGCCAUAAGACAAAAUAGUUACACUUUUAGUCUUAGCAGUAAACUGAAAACAGGAGAUAUUUAGCAAAACCAAAACAUGUCGAAACAACCUUCACAUGCAUAUUAUGUUGCCCUUCUCCAAAACGGUUUCUGUAAAAUGAUUUGAAACGUUUGUGAAACUACUCCUGUUUUUUGAACUUGUAGGAUUCUAUCACAUUUUUCACAGAGUUCAGCCCAAUGCGGACUCCCUUUUUAAAUUUAUGAGGAUAAUUCUGCUGUGUUCGGUCAACUACCAAACUAUUCUGUAAAUACGACUUAUAUAUUGUUAUGACCAGAGAUUGAGGAGAGGUGGCUAAAAUUCUAUUGCGUUUUAGUUACUGGACUUAUUACUUGGUCAACUGGUUUUCAGACCACACGUGUCAUAGUGACAUUAUUGUUUUAGCUAAGUAGUAUCAACCUAAUUUGUAUAUAGGCAAGUAUUUAUUAAUUAUGUAGGGUUUACAUAUCAAGAAGUAUGCUAAAAAUUAUUAAGUUAUUCGGGUGUAUUAGGUGCAUCUGUUUCACACAUAGGGUUAAUGUAGAAUAUGCAUUUAUGACUUAUACAGAAAAUAAGCAUUUGGCUUGAAAUGAACUCUCUGCUUAAUGUAGCCAAGAAUGAGAGCCAUAUCCGUAAAAGGAAAACUAUACACAUUGCACUCUAUACAGUAUCUGUUUCUAUAAAUAAAAAUUAUAUAUAUAAAAAAAAAGUAUUAUAAAAACACUAUGUCUCAUGAAUUGGCCUGAAAGAUAAACAUGGCUUCAGGGGAGACUUCUCAUAAAAACCUCUCUUCUCAACACACUUUUAGAAGUUGGAAAAAAGUGUAUAGAUCAUGCCUGCCCCUGCAGUCUCUCUGCUUAAUUCACUGCCAUUUAUGAGUUAAAUCACUUUGUACAUGCAGCUCUAGGCACACCUUCCUGCAUGCGCCUUACACAGCCUUCCUAAAAAUUUCCUGUAAAGAGACAUCUAAUGUUUACACUUCCUUUAUUGCAAAUUCUGUUUAGUUUAGAAUUUCUUAUCUUGUGCACAGUUAAUAGCUUGCUAGACCCUGUAGGAGCCUCCUGUUUGUCAUUAAAGUUCAAUUUACAGAGCAGGAUAUAAAAACUCUUAAAGUAAGUUACAUCUGAUUAAAAACGUAAACCAUUUUUGUCAUGCAGGCUGGAUCAUUUACAGCCUGGGAAGGUGUGGCUAGGGCUGCAUAAACAGAAAUAAGAGUGAUUUAACAACUAAAUGGCAGUGCAUUGAGUAGUGAGACUUCAGAUGCAUGAUCUAUACACAAAAACUACUUAAUUAAGCUAAAAUUGUUUUGGUGACUAUAAUGUCCCUUUAAGGCAAAAGUAGCUGAACUGGAAAAAUUCUACUAAGUCAACUAUGUGUCCAGUUUCACUAUUUUAGCCUUAAAUUUGCAAUUUGCUUUGAAUUCCCGAUAAUUCUCAUUUUAGUAAAUAAUCCUGAAGAAGUGCUUCAGCAACUUCUUUUUAUGGUUUUAGCACCUGGGGUCAUGUCAUAUUUAAGUAAAUGGACCAACCCGAUCCCUUAAUUUUAACUCGCUUAUAAUUGGGCUUUCAUUACUUGUGAGCUAUAAUAUGUAGCCCCCCACUCUUUCUUCAUCCUUCGCCAUUCCUAUUUCCACCCACGCCAGUUUCCACUGCCUCUGCUGCUCUACACCUUGCAUCUUCACUAAUCUCCCCAUCCAUCUCCAGACCCCUCUGCUCCUCACUAAGAGCAGCUGCCUCCGAAAAAGCAAGUCCACCUGUUCUGAAGCUAAGAUUGGAUAACAGGAGGCCUGGCGUAUCAGAACUGCUUGACAGGCUGAUGGCGUGGGGGAGGGAGGAGGACAAACAAGAGGACAAGGAGAGGAUUCAAAGAAAGGAGACUUUUUAGGGGUGCUGAUAUCUUGCAAGAGAUCACUAAAUGCUUUCUUAUGUAAGGACAGUAAUAGUUCCAAAACAACUUUUUUAUAUUUUAACUUUUUUUUGUUGUUGCUGUAAGUUUAUUACAGAUUAAUCCUUCCUCCCCAACGCACUUACCCCCUCCUCCCUGUCUUCCACCAUGCUGAGAACAGACUGUGUCCAGCUGUCGACUGAAAAUGGAAAGUAGUUUAGAAAAACUACUGGAAACAAGAGUUUAGAAAAUCUCUAAAGCCAUUCCAAAACUGUGGAUUAUUCAUUAAAACCGGGAAUUAUGGAGAAUGAACUAGAGAUUUGCAAAUUCUAGACCAAAAUAGCAGAAUUAGCAAAUAUGGUCAAAUUCCACUCUUUUCCUGCUCAGCUGUCUAAGCCUAAAAAUUUAAAUUCCUGGUUGAAGAACUAAAGAAAUUCAAUAAUUAGGUGUAAAAUUUAGUGUGAAAGGGUCAUUUGUACAUAAAUAUAAAUUGAUAUUUUUAUGAAAAAGUGUGCAGAGAUAUAAUCACAAACGUAAUUUUUUUUACUAGAUUUCUGUUACUAGAGCGAGAAGAAUGACGCUUUUGAUAUUUUCACCCAAUCGGAAUGCACCAGAAAAGUUACAUCAUGUACAGUGUCUAAAAAAUUGUAGAUCCUCCACAUCUGAUAAAGUGAUCUUUUAAAUAAAAUCAACUCUUGUUUAUUACUUACUGACCUUGCAAAACACCCUGUGCCCACAAAGCAAGUGUAACAGUUCUAUAACAGUAUAUUGGUAGCAAACGAAGAAGUUUUUCAAUUUCUGGACCAUAAUGACAUAAUCGCAUGAUCAACGAUUGUUGAUUAUUGUUCAUAGUUGCGUUUAUUAUACUACUUUCCUUGAUUGCCAUAAAGGGCUCCAAUACAUAGAAUUUUUUAUACUCUACAUAAAAAACUAUUUAUGCCAUAUUUAUCUUUUGUCAGAGUUAACCGUAACUACAUACACUAGAAUGGGGUGUAGCUACCUAGUUGCUGUAGAACUGGCAAGGCAUCAUGGAAGUUGCACCUACUACAGCUGUUUUGUGUUUGUGUGUCAAAAUAAACUUAAGGUAGAAGUGUCGAGAAAUUCAAAGUGAAUUUAAAGUGACUGAUAUUUAAGGCCAAAGUAGCUGAACUUGAAGCAUAGCUGCUUUGGAGAAUGUUUUGAGUUCUGCUAUUUUGGCCUUAAAUUUGAUUAUUACCUUAGUGAAUAAUAUUGAUAAUUUUCCCUUGCUCAGUGUCUCCUACGUUACAGAAUUUGAUGACAAUAUAUAAAUUAAAAGGUCACUCCAAGCACCAUGGCCACUGCUGCUGAUUGUACUGCUUUUCUUUCUAUUAGUCUCUGGAUGAAUCUCUGAAUGUCCAACUUCAAUUGAGCAGUUUUAGUUUGAUUUCUGCUUGAGUUUACCUUUAAUAAUAAAAUAAUGGUGAUGAUUUUCAGAGUCUCAAAUCAUUUUGCUAAAUCAAAAACACGCCGUAAUAAAAGCCAAUUGUUCUCUUGUGGCAGUGAAGUUAAUAUUCCAAUUUUACUUUUUCUAUGUCACUGUCCAGGAUGUGACUGCUGUAAUUUCUUUAUAACCAGCAAAGCAAUCAGUCACUAAGAAUUUGGCAAGCUGUGACAGCGUUUGUUACCAAUUGUGGAAUGUGCUGUAGAACUAUGCAGUGAUACAGUGCUUACAGAUUUUCUCAAUGGGAUUUAUACCAGCCCAAGAAUGCUGUCUAACUCCUUAACACAUUGCAGUCACAACUCUGCCAAAUAACCUUUAGGGGAUUCUAAUAUUUGGAAAUGUAAGUUAUAAAAACACAGUGCAUACCUCCCAAUAGCCCUGGAUCUGGCUAGACAGUCCUAUUAUGGGAUCACCUUUUAUUCUCUUGUGUUCUGUUUCUGAAAAAUGCCAGAGAAUGUUCCAAAGAGUGCAAAUUGAGGGAUUCAUCAAAUAUUAAACUAUACAUUUAUUCACUGAUCAGUGACUUGUGGUGAAUCGAAAGAAAAAUUGCAACAUAGCAGAACUGGAUUGAGCCUCCUACUUUGUUUUGAUUUUACAUUUUACUGUUAAAACUUAUUUCAUUAAUUAAUUUGCAUGUCUGAUUAAGACUUAUUUAGUAAUUACAUUGUCCACUUUCAAUGAUUGUCUGUUAACUAAAACUAACUUACUAUAUUUAUAACAAAGGUAAAUAGUAAAGGCGAGAAUAAACCUCUAGAUGAUUAGGGGUUGAAAAACAAUUUCUAAUCAAAAGAAGGGCAUUAUCGGGUGGGGGGCAGAGGGUGUUUGCCCUAUGCCCGUGGAUAAAAGUAAACUUGUUCUAAUAGUUUUGUUAAUAGUUUCAAGCUUAUCUGAGUAGGCCUUCUUCGAGUUUUUAUUUCUGUUUAGCUUAACUUGUUUGUCAGAUUUUUUGUUUGUAUACCUGUUGUACAGCGCCGUGGAAUAUGUUGGAACUCUGUAAAUCCCAUUAUUAAUUAAAGAAAGAAAAAAAGACUAUCCACAAUAUGUCACAUAUGGUUGUGGUCCUCGCGGGGUUAAAAAGAGCGUAAUCUACAAGGAAUGUUUUCCUGGAUAACGUGGCUUUUGUGCAGACUCUUGUUUUGGUGAACACAGAUUUAUGGGUGAAACGCAGAUAGGGAACCUAGAAGGCGUCUGAAACUCACCUGACCCAUGCAGGAUUGUUUUGUGUGUCCCACAUGCUCUAUGCUGUGUUUUGUAAACCAUGAUUUUGGUUGUUUUGGCAUGCAGCAAGGGAAUGUGUUUGCUAUAUUUAAAUAACAUUAGAAUACAUUAUUGUGUAUUGCUAUUACUGCCGCCAUAUCCAAGGUGAGUGCAUUGUUAUACCAAGUACUUUAAGUUAUUAUAAUUAAAUAAAAACACAGUAGGCAACUGUCUGGCUGGGUGGGAUUCUAGAUUUCCCGAGAUUGCAGGAAAAGGGAGAUGAGUUUGACUCUGGAUGACCUGUAUAAAGCAGGACCCAGAAGAACAAUCGUCCUGCGAAGUCUUUGUAUGAGUGUUUGUGAGCAGCAGAACGUGUUUUGCAAUUACACUUCAAACUUUUUAAACACGGUCAGCCAAAUUUCAGUUAUGAUCGAGACAACACGCUCCACUCUAAACCUGAGAUUAUGAAUCCUUAAAUUGUACAUCUUGGCCAGAAUAGCCAGAAUUUUUCGAACUUAAUGUAUUUUGGUUUAAAAUGUAUAAUUCCGUCAAAUGUCAGUUUAGCAAAUAACUCUGCUGGAGAGAUCCACCCAUACACGCUUUUGUUUAGGUUUUAAAAAAAAAAGAAAAUACAAAAUAUUCCAAAGUUCACCAAGGUCAACACAUCCAGUUUGCAUUGAGAUCUUGGAUUUUCAGCUGUUUGUUUUCAACAACAUUUCUUCUAAGUAUACUAAGGUCACUUUCCUUCACGGUUUAUUUUCUUCUGUGUCCUGUGAUAUGCGAUGCAGGUUUUUUCAGCUCCUAGACUCAGUGCUCUAUUGGAAGGGAUGUUACGGCCUACGCGUGCCAACGUCUCAAAUGACAAGAGCUCAUGUCACACCUGCUGCAGUCUGGCACGGCGAGAGUUCUGCUCUGUAGGAGAGGUCGACCUGUCCUUGUAUCCAAAGACUGCCCACCAACAAUGUAGGGACAAAUGGCCGGCGGCAUUGUGAGGGAGGGACACUGAAAAAUGACUGUCAUUGUUUUUUUGUAAUUUUAUUUCACUUUAGGUUUGUUGCUGUUGGCAGAACGUGUGUGGAUAUUAGCAAGAAACGUGAUUCUGAAUUUAGAAAAUAGGGACAUUAGGAUAGAAAAGAGGUAUAGAUGUAUUUGGGCCAAAAUAGGGACUAUCUCUCCUAAACAGAGACACUUGGGAGGUAUGGUUUAGUGAAUAAAUAUACAAGCUAUUCUCUUUAACUUGAAAUUCCUUCUUUCUUCAAUAUUUUUGUAAAGAAUAUGUUUGUUUUAGAAACAUCUCUAUUUUAACCCCUUUAAGGACCAAACUUCUGGAAUAAAAGGGAAUCAUGACAUGUCACACAUGUCAUGUGUCCUUAAGGGGGUGAUAUGUUUUAACGUUUUUAUGUUUUUACACGCAAUUACACGUUCUCCCCUGUUCCCAUCAGGUAGAUGAUGAUGAUGUCUGAUGUUUUAAAUUAUGUCUUUUUGGUGGAUGUGAAGGGACUUUGUGUUCCUUGGAAGGGUCCUCGAGGCAAUGCUUAUGGGCUCAGCAUUGGAUUAGGGUGCAACUACUUAAUCCUUUAAUUUUUAUUUUUUUUACAGUCUCUGGGGAUUUUUUUAACUCAUUUUAACAUAGCUCUAGGUCAGGGUUAGUAACUGCAGCUCGGUGGGUGUUGGUUCUAUUUCGUUUUCUCCACAAUCCAUAGCCUCUCAUCUUGAUAAUGGGAGCUAUAGUUCAUCAAGUACUGACAGCAAAUGCUAUAUAUCAUAAAAUGAUGCUUCUUUAAAAAAAUGAUUUUAAAAAUCAUGUAUUAUCACAAUGAAUUUGCUUCUAGCUCAGAGUGAGCGCCCAUGAAACAAUGAGUAAGCCAGAGCGGUAAAUUCACUACACAGUAAAUUGUGGUCUGUCACCAUUGGAACUACAAAAUUUAUAUUAAAUUUACCAAACUGGAAACGGGCUGAAUUUUCUAACUCUAAAACUACAUUGCCCUAUAUUUCACAAUUUAAAUUUUCUAGAACAUACCAAUUUGUAAGUAUAGCACCGAGCAUUUCUACCGCACUCAUCUGCCGGGGCCUGUUUAGUGUAAAACAUCAGGUGAUGGUUUUUGGAGGGAAGGGGAUAUGCAUUUAUCAGUAGCAGUAAGAGUUAGUAUACUGUGUGAGGGCUGGGCGUACAGGCCAAGCAAGUAUCUCAGAGAGCGGCAUAUUUUCAUGAACAUUCAGAAUGUCUCACCUGGGUGCUUUGUGAAUUUUCACUCCCUAUAUGUGCAAAUAUAUAUUCUGUCUUCUGCAAAUGCAAACCUCUAUAAGCUCUUCUGCUGCUUUCUGCCCUACAACUCUCAUAAUGCUUUGUCAGCCAUGGUAUUUUAGUUCGGUAACCAAAAGAGUGGUACAGACUGGCAUAGAACACCACUUUCCCCCCUCCUUUAUCUUUUAUUUAUAUUAGCGCCCCUGCCUUGUUAAACCCUUUGUGUGCCAAAGGUAUGCUCGACACAACACAAGGGUUAAACGGUCUGAUUUCUGCUGUUGGCGGUCGUACUAUGGAUUAGCUCGUGGCAUUAGUGGCGAUCAUUUAGUUGUGAUUGUCACAAUACACAGAGCAGUGUGAAACGUCAGCAGAAUAGGCUAUUUGCUAUAAACUCUGGAGGAUUCACGAUUUUUAUUUUUAUACCAAAACAGUUAAGAUUAAACGCAUAAAGCACUUAACCAAAGUUGUAAAACAACCCUGGCUGUCAUUUACUAAAGGUUAAAAGUUAACAUGACUGUGUAACUGGAUUAGUCUUCUGUAAGUGAACUUGCAGACAACGUGCAGACUGUUUUGCAACUCCUAACUUGGUAAAUACUCUCAUCAUAAACUGAUGGGUUUGGCAUCACAGAAUGAGACAUAUGCCAACAUUUGUUUCACGAAACCGAGAUGACAUCAAAAAGGCGUAGCAAGUAAAAGCAAACCAUAUAACUGAUGUUUAUUUUUAUUAUAUAUAUAUUUUUUUAAGCAUGGCAGCCAGUACAAUAAUAAAUAAAAUCUGGUGUAAUCUCUGGUGUAAUGAUAGCAUACUUUUAUAUUCAUACACACGCAGACAGCAAGGAAAAGAAAUGCAUGCACAUUGGUGUGCAAAAAUAUAUGCAUAUAUUAUCCUAGCAUAUUAUUUAUUAAUUCAUGUGAUAUAUGCAAAGGAAGCACGUGUUUAUAAUUUUUGGUAUAGAGGGAAACGAAGAAAGGGCAAAACUAAAAAUAUAGGUAAAUGAAAAAAAAAAUCUGUAAUGAAAUACGAAUGUAAUAAUUAUACAUACAAGAGAAAAACCCACAAAUAUGAGUUGCAAGGAUUUUUGUGUGUGUGUGUGAAUUUAUCUGUCGAUCUGUAGCACAAACACACAUCACUGAAAACAACAGACAUUAGAAUCACGCAAGGUAGAUAGACCUACGAUCAUGAAAUUAACCAAUCAAUUAGCAUAGAUAAACAGAUGGAUGCGAAAUAAUAAAAGUAAACCCUUAUCAGAGGCCAACUACAUGAUUCAGAGAAGAUGUGGAAAUAGCAAUAUAAUUUAAGCAAUGAUUGUAUAAGCUAACAUACAGGCAGGAAAGAUUUCUGAAGGGUUUACUUAUUUCUAGCUGUCGGUAAAAAAAAGAUGUCACAUGGCUUGAUUAUCAUCGGGCCAUUUGUUGUGCAAAUGUUUUUCCUGCUGCCCAUUUGGCACCGCUGGUCACACUUCAACAUCUCAAGUGUCACCUGGUCUGUGUAUUAUCUCCAGAAAAGAAGGCCUUAGAUGGACUGCUGGAGAAGAACUCCACUGAACUAGUUAAUGUGCCUUGACCACCCAAGAUGACAAAAUCAUUGGUUUUGUCAGCUAGACAAGAUGGCCACUCACUGCUACUUUGGUUUAACACACGUUAAAACAAGUAAACAUUACAUUUCUGUGGUUGGUCUAGUAUCUCCCUUCCAUCAUUUUUACUUACUUUUCCACAUCAAUAGUUUUAAUUUAUAUUUCUUUCUUUUUUUUUUUUCUAGUGUUUUCUGAGUCAGCCGCCACAGGUUGAGGCUUGGAGGAGCCUCUCCUUUCCCUCCUACGCACAAAGACAAUAUGGACCCCAAUGGAUGGAGCGAGGCUGGCAGUCCAGCAGAAAGCACAGGUGAUCUUGGUGAUUCCAUGGAAAAGAGCUUGGACAAUGAUGCAGAAGGUGUAUGGAGCCCGGACAUCGAGCAAAGCUUUCAGGAAGCUCUGGCCAUUUAUCCGCCAUGCGGAAGACGCAAAAUUAUCUUAUCAGAUGAAGGCAAGAUGUAUGGUAAGCAAUCCGUUUUUUCUUCUUGUUUGUUAAAAUGUUUACAUUGUGUGCAUACAUACAUAUAUAUAUAUAUAUAUAUAUAUAUAUAUAUAUAUAUAUAUAAAUUUCCAAUUGCUUGCACUCCAGGAUAGGGAGUUAGAGCCCGUUGCUUAACAGCCAAAUAAUAGAAAUGUAGUAAUGGUAGCACUCCAAGGACUUCAAAGAAAUAUAUUGUGAAGAAACUUAGCUUUUAUUCAGGUAUCUGCCAGUAGUAGAUCAACGUUUCAGUUCUCUAAUGGAACUUUCGUCAGGAUCCUGACGAAAGUUCCAUUAGAGAACUGAAAUGUUGAUCUACUACUGGCAGAUGCCUGAAUAAAAGCUAAGUUUUUUCACAAUAUAUUUCUCUGAAGUCCUUGGAGUGCUAUCCUUACUACAUUUAUAUAUAUAUAUAUAUAUAUAUAUAUAUAGUGGACCCCAUGCUUGGAGAGGCAAGCUAUAUAUGUAUUUGUCUCUGAUCACUGAAAGAUUGCUCCAAUCACAGGUAUGAAUCAGUUCAGUUGGAUGGCUGUCCCUCUUAGUGCUGCCCCUUUGAUAAACUGCAAUGAUUACUUUGCAGGACUAUGCACGCAGUAAAAUCCCCAUACGAAAGCAUUGCAGCAAUGUUUUCCUAUGGGACGGCCCAAUGUGCUUGCGAUGCAUGCCGCCAAUGUGCAUUAGCCCCCCAGUCAGGUGAUGUUGGGAGAGGCGGAGCGCCGACCCAGCGUCGAGUGAGAUCAGCGCUGAAUUCGGGUGAGUAGAGAAAGGGUGUAUUAACCCUUUCUGAGCGCCGGGUGGGGGGUGGCGGCUUGAGGGAACUAUAGUGUAAUUAAUACAGAUUUGUAUUUCUUACACUAAAGUAUCCCUUUAAGUUGUGUUGGUACCUGGAGUGUCCCUUUAAUUAAUGUUAACCAUGGAAGAGGAAUCUCUGACCUUGAAUGUAAAGCCCUGAAGUUCUUGGUAAACUUCUCAAGAGUUCUUAGAUAUGUGAAUGUGUCAACUCUAGUAAUAUUCUAUCUACACCCUCUGCAGGAAGAAGCGGAGCCCUGAGGGCUUCUGGGACCUGAGGUUUUGCACCUGUUGCAUUAAUAAUAGAUACACCCCCUGGGCAAGUUCACCUGUACUUUCCUACCCAGUAAGGAAUGCAGUCUUUAAGUCUGAAAGUUGUAUGAGAAUUACGGCUACUUGAUUGUUUUGUUUACCUGGUUUCAUUUUUUGCGUGGGACCACAAUCUGUUUCACAAAGUGACUUGUUCUGCAGAAUUUGUCCGGUUCAGAGGAGCUGGAGGCAGUUUACAAUUACUUGUUAAGUGCUGAGUCUCACACUUACCUUUUAGUGCAUAAUCACUCGCUAUAAGAUUUUUUAUAUUUUUGUGCUGGUUUAUAUGUGACAUGUAUAUGGAUGUAGAAAAUGUGAUAUAUAUAUAUAUAUUUGAUUUUAGGUAUAAAAUUGUAAUUCUAGUGAAAGUUCAAGGUACAUUUUUAACCACACUAUAUUUAUUUAAAUUAAGAUUACAUUUGCAGAGAAUGUCCAUGAAGAAUGUGUAGCUAUUCUAUCAAGCCUGUUUGAAUAAUGUUCUUAAAGGCUCAGUUUUAAAUUUCUUAUCUCUACAUCCUUUCUGCUCUUGUAACUAAAACAAUCUUGCUCGGAUUGUGAAUGCCUUACCGCCAGAUCUAGGUUACAUAAAUGGACUAUCUGAUCAAAUUGCAUCUUUUUGUUAAAUACAGUGUGGUUUGACACUCAGCGUGACAUUUCCCUGGGAUGGGAUAUAGGAAUAAUUUUGGAUACUGCACGUGUUUGCUUCUACCAAUAAGAGGCAAGGGAGAUUAUUGAUAGGGGAGUCUAGAGAAUGAUUUUGACAUCAUCCAGGCAUAUUACAAGCUGUCUCAUUGACCGCAAGGUUACAUGUAGACAAAACAAAAAUAGUGAGAUGCCAAAAGUGGAACUUUUUAUAUAGUGGACACAUGUGAGAGUCAUUUCUUUUUUGCUUUCCUCUUUUACAGUUAAAAACUGUAAAAUAAGUAAGCUGUAUGUUUGUUUUUUUGUACAUUGAGGGGGCACUAUAGUCACCAGAACCAUUAUAGCUUAAUGUAGUGGUUGUGUUGUUUAUAGCCUGCCCCUUCAGACUGAGCAUUGUAAAUGCUGCCUUUUCAGAGAAAACAUAGUGUUUACAUUGCUGCCUUGGAACACCUUUAGCCGCAGUCACUCAGGUGGCCACUAGAGGUACUUCCUAGUCCGUGCUGCACAGUGUGCAGCACUGGCAUUCAGAUGCUGAACGUUACCCAUAGAUAUGCAUUGGUUCAUGCAUCACUAUGAGGAGAUGCUGAUUGGCCAGCGGGGUGUUUUGCCACAAAUGCCUCCCAAUGCUUUUCUGUGACAAUCUCAACAAUGGAGGCAGGGUCAGCAGCGGUGAGAUUUGGUUCUCACCGCUAACCUACUGUUGGAGCACGUCUUUCAGACCCAAAUGCUACUCUAUAAAGAAUAUUGGAUUGGACAUUUAGAAGCCUCUGUGUGAUGUCACAGAAGCAGAUCAAGUGGCUGAAGGGAUCACAGUGGUUUGGAAAAAAUAUAAGUAAAACCUUUUUUCCCCAUUUUUAUUUAGAUUUAGGGGGGCUGUGAAUCUAAAUAAAGAGAACACAAUAGCAUUAGGAAUACAGGUUUGUAUUCUCAAAACUUUAGUUUUCCUUUAAUAAGGUACAGGCUGUAUGGGUUUGUUUAUCAAACCUAAAUAAGCUGUACAAUUCGUGCUGACAUAAAGUUUUUUGGGUUCAGGCUGUGAUGACCUUGACAUGCAACAUUGUAAAGGGUUUCAUAUUCUUCCUUAGAUCCAAAUGCAAUGCUCAUCAUCUAUUGUAUCACAGCAACCCUUGCAUUAAGUUGAAAGUUAAAAACAGAAAUCUUGCAAUUCCUUGGGAGAGGUGGCACAAUGGCACAAUGCCACAACGCCCUGUGCCACCAGUGGGUGUUGGGGUCCUUUAGAACCCGUGCUAAAAUUCCAGUAAUUUGUAAUGUGUGAGCAAGAUGCAAUGUCUGCCCCCAGGCUUGCACCCAUGGAGGUUUGGCUAGUUAGUGGUGGUGCCUCUUCUCGAAAACGGCAUAGGGGUGGUUCUUGCAUAGACAAAAUAACUCCUUGUGUACAGAAAUUUCAGAUGAAUGAAUCCUUAAUAGGACAAACAUGGCACAUCAAAGACAGAAAAGAACAACAACAACAGUAACACGCAUUGGGACGUUAAAACGUGUACAUUUCAUUGUAUUAUUUAUUUAUUAAUUUCCAUCCUGUACGCUUUGAAUGAUAGAUGUAUAUUCUGGCUCUCUUGACAUGUUGUUACAGCUUGCAGCUUCUCGUUUUGUUCUUUAGCCAGGCAAACUAAAGAUCUCUCAUUAAACAAUAACAACUAAGUUUUCAAAAUCUCAUCUGUUCACUCUCAGCUUUGCUGCAGAGCCAAUCUUUCGCUUUUCAGGCUGACAAUACUUAUCCCCCAUCACCCCACCCCUAGGGUAGGCACUCUCCCCCCUUGUCCUCUUCUCACUUGUUGCCUUGCCUCUGUUUCAUUGUUAUACUUUCAGCGUGUUUUUUGCCCUUUGUGCUCGCUCUUGUCUGAAAUCCCAAAGCUGUUUCUUGUGCCAUACCUCAAACAAAGUUUAGUGACAUUGCCAGCACAGCAGUCUUCAUUGUCCACACUUAAUCCACCCCUACCCCCACUUCAACAAAUGGCCUCUCUGCCAUCCUUUGGUACUCCCACUCCAACCAUCCUUAGCCUGAGCAAAUGAACAAGAUCAUGACCCAGCUAAACCUUGUUUUUUUCAAGUUUCCAGCUUUAUUGCCAACUCCCCUUUACUUUGGAAGGCACUACAUCCUGGCCUCUGCCUGCCCAGCUAAAUGCACUCCACCUGGCCAGGAUAAUACCCGGCACUGGAGGGACUGUUUAUUGGUGUCUGGCUGGGAGAGGCCUGCAGUUUGCUUUUGUUGUGUAAUACCCUCUCUCUCCUCCCACCCUUCCGCUCCCUCUCUCUGCCUUUCUAGGGGGUCCCUGAUUCCAGUAAAUCAAGCCUCUGCAAGGUCACAAGGAAAGAAGACACCAGCAGGGGGGAGGAGGAGGGUGGGGAGUAAGUCUGGAGGGGGGGUAGAGGAGGAGGGGGAACUGGGGAUGGAAUAUGAAAUCUGAUCCAGGAGCCUGGCAGGACAAGCUCUAGUGUGUUUGGAGGGAUAGGUUGAGUGGGGGAUGAUGGGGGGGAGGGUGGUUACAGCACACACAGACCUGAUCUAUUACAAGACAACUCUAGUCUAAAUGUAAAAGCCCACACUACUUUAACUCUUUCAGUGCUACAUCCAGCUUGUGUCUCUAGCUGAAGUUUUUACAAGUCAGAUGAGUUUCUAUCUCACCUCUUGUCCUAUUCUACUGUCAUUAAAGAAGAUUGCUACUAUUAAACCGUUGGCUUCUACCGUUCAACACUAGCCCAGAACACUCCACCCUAACUCAUAGAAGGGUUAAUUUAAUCUGUAUGCAGCUUUUAACUUCUGAAACUUUGAUUGUAUAUUCUUAGAAAAAAAUUUAACACCCUUCCACAGCUAUUGGUGUCGUCCUUUGUUCCACUAUAAUUUUGCUACAAUUAACCGUGAUGGCAUUUUCUACAUAAAUGUCUGAAAAGGCUUUUUUGUUUUUGAUUUCGCUGUGUAUAGGUCUUUCGGACAUGUAUUAUGCCUCCUGUUUAGUACGAACGCUCACAGUAAUUCUCUUUGUAGUCAGUUGCUCCAGAUACUUUUAAGCUUUCUUUUUUUUUUUGCUUCAAUUCUGAGAACAUUAAAGAACAUGGUGCAGAUGUACUGUAGAGACACAAACUAAACUGACAGCCCGCAGACCUUUCUAUGCAAUAAAGGGCCUUGUUUGUGAGUGUUUGCAGUGUUACGCCACAUAGUCCUGGCUUUAUGGAUUUCUGAAUUCUGUUACUAUAGUGAUAUUGAUAAAAUAUGCAAUGCUGGAGAAUUAUGAGGUCUGGUACAGGAAUCAGUGUUCUAGUAUAGUACAGGGUAUUGUUCCCUCUAAGCAUUUUUUUUUUUUUAAAUCAGCAAAUCUACAAUGAAGUAGUUAAGCAAAGUAAACGUCUAAAAACACGCUAGAUUUUGCAUUUAAUUCAAUUUAAUUUAAAAUGUAAACAGUUUUCUUUGACAUGUACUGGUCUAAAAAGGUGAUUAGGGCAAUUGUAUAGAAUAAAGUUGUGCCUGGUCAAAUACAUGUACAAUAUGUCUAGCAGUCUUGUUCACUAACAAGGGAGUUGACAAUUAAUUACAGACGAAAAUAGCUGGAGUGAAAAAUAUCAUCAACUGAGAAUUUCUUUCAUUUUAUGCCAAGAUUUUUCAAGUGCGCAGCCUGCUAUAUGCACUGUUUAGUAAAUAAUUCCCUAAUUGCAAAGCCUACCUUUCAGCUUUUCUUUGGCUCAAGAUCAACAAGCAGUGUUUUGCAAUCUUUAUCACAAUUCCUGAUUACAUUGUUCUGAAACAGUGUCUCAAAGUAUUACAUAAUUACUUCCCAAACAAAGAUAUUACAAAUUGCAGGAGAGCAUUGUAAUCUUGUACACAGUAAGAGUGAGCUUUGGUUACAGAGUCUAGGUCCAGGAAAUGAGCCUUGUAUAUACAGUAUUAUUAAUCAUGGCGUGUCUUAGAUAUGUACAUCUCUGCUGCCUAUGUUUGUUAUAGUCCUUCAAUUUAAUGUAUUUGUUUAUAUGUUCUACAUUAUAAUACUACACUAUUUCCCUGAAGAUUAUUAUUUAUUUAUAAAGUGUCUGCACCAACACUACUAGUUGAAGAACCAUUCCAGCUGCAUAUUUGCUAUAGCUUAAUGUAGCGGUUAAGGUGCUAAGAAGCUGUUCCUGUAAGCCUACUUAGAAAUUCAGUUGUAUGUUCUGGUUUAAUUAAAUCUACAGUGACCAAGCUCCACCCCCUUAUCCUCUGAUAUCAAGCGGGUUAAUCUAGCUUCCUCAUUCAGCCAUCCAAGUACUUGUAUGGUCAGCCUUGUUUGCGUGAGCUGUGUUAUUCUCACUGUUCCUUGCCUAGUUUGCUACAAAGUUCUUGGAUGAUUGAAUAGGGAAUACGUUCUACCUGCGGUGGUCUGCGCUAAUAUUAGAGAAAUGUAUAUGGAUAUUAAAGGUAAUUUUGCAGAGACCACUUCCAGGCACAAUACCUGUUACAAUAACCUGUAUUUUCUUUAUAUUUUCAUUUUUAUAAAAAAUAUAAUAUAGGUAAUUAUAGCAGCCCAAUAAGCUUGCAAAACAAGUAAAAAAACAACACACUAAAACAUAAAAUAAUCUGUUUAUUCCGAAUAUUCUUAUUUAUUCCCUUUGUCUCUUUCCAAAUGGUUUGCCCAUUAUCUCCUCCUCCUUGGAGUCAUAAGUUGAGAUUAUGAUAUUUGACGAUGAGCUAUUUAUCAAAUCUGUUACUUUGAGAUCAGUAGAUGUCCAGAAUGCCUUUCCAUGAGCAUCUCUCCACUGGUUUGAAUAGCAUUAAUUCCAGCAUACCCAGCUACAUUUGCUCAAAUUCACAGAAUUGCUUUGCAAUGAGCAACACAUGUGGCUUCCAGAUGGGCGCUUACACUAAGAAGCUUCAUAUGGAAAGGUUGGAAGAUGGAUGGGGACAGAAGUGAGUGAGAAAGAGAACAUGCAUAUCAUUGCUCGGUCACAGAUGGAUCCGUGUUGCUUUGGAUUGUGCUCGUCAUAAUGACCUUGUAAAGUACACCCAGAGCUGCAUAAUAAUGGCAAACACUGCACAAGUUUGCGUGGGUAACCAUCAAAAGCUGGCAAACUUUUUACCUUUUUUUACUUGUUACUUUUUUCUUUCGGUCACGAAGGGUUUACAAAACUAUAUUAUGCUUAAUUAUGGAACAUACUUUAUAACUGUAAAAUAGAACUCUUCUGUUGGUGCUAUAGCCUUUGAUAAAAUUGAACUACGUUCUAGCACUCUAUAGUUGAAACUUGGUUCAUUUAAAUCUUUUACGUUGCAGAACAUAAUUAUUUAGGAAAGAGACAGAAUAUGCCUUUUAAUAGUAAAUAUACGUAAAUUUAUAAUUUAUAGUAUAUCAUAGAGUGCAGAAAGAAAUGGAUAUACAGAUGUAUAAAAUUAUGAUAAAAAUUAUAUAUUAUUGUUAUUAUUGGAAUUUAUAUUUCGCCAACUUAUCCUGCAGUGUUUUACAAUACUAUAGAGGGGGACAUUUAACAAUAAAUGAGACAAUUAAGAAAUGUUACAGGAACAAUAGGUUGAAGAGGACCCUUUUCAAACAAGCUUACAAUACAUAUAACAUAGCCAUUGAUUUUCUGUUAAAGUCACCAAUAAUUAUAAAUAUUACUGCACAGUGCUAAAUCAGCACAUAAAAUAUACAUAAAAACACCUAUUACAAAUCUAAAACUGGGUUUUAGUCACAUUAUAUGGCCAGAUCUUGCUUAGCAUGAUUUUGGGUCAGACUGCUCAAGUUCUUAACUCACCCUAUGACUUGUGCAGGAGUCAUUUUUGAAAAUCGUUAGAUUGAGUAGACCAUCAGAGCACUCACUGACAUACACAAAUUUAGUCCACUGCUGAACUUUGACCUCCUUUUUGCAGGGUAGCAUACCUCUGUUCUAAACAUGGUCAGUGUUUAUCCUGGUCCAGACAUGUAUGUUGGCUGUUUCACUGAUACACUUUGUGUACUCAGUCAUUUCACGAUUUUCUGAACUUUCUUUACCUUGUUACAUCAUAUGAUCUGUUGGCUCCUGGCACCCGUAAUUUCCUUUGCAUCAUAAUAUACAAGCUGUGCAUUUGUGGUUAUGGUAUUUCAAUUAGCAAUUAUGAUUAAUUAUUAAAACUUUCACCAUAACCACUAAAAUAUACUGCAAUAGUCAAGGUGCAUAUAAUACCAAUUUUCUAUAACAAUCGCCUGUGGUUUAUAGAUGAUUCAGUACUGUUAGAAAAACGCAUCCACAAAAAUUCCCAUAGUCUUUACUGGUGACUUCUGUAAAUAAGUCAUUUGUUAUAUUUUUCUAACAGUAUGGAAUCAUUUGGAAAGCUUAUUAAAUCGUGGCCAUAAUGUUCUCUGGCUGUUCACUGUGUUCAUGGCUGUAUCUGCUGCUCAUUCUUAUUUAAGUAUCUAUCAGUACACGUUAUUAAAUAAUUUCAAAAAAAGUUGUGUAUGCACAAGAAUCUAUGUAAAAUCCCUCUGUCUUCCAUGGACCACCGUUUUUCUACCCUUGCACAUGUUCAUAUCAUGACACAGCUCCUGGAUGACACUCAUUAGGAAUUGAAACAACUUGGUAGCAUUAAGAAGAGACAGUGUUAGGUAUGUAUAUAUCUCUGCUCCCCCUCCAGGUUUUUUUUCAUGUGCCCUGAUGGUCUAUGGGCUAUGUAUAAAUUUAAUUCUGGCAGUGAAUUUUAGUAUUUAAUCCCAUAACUUGGAUUUCAUCCUUGGAACCUUUAGUGCUCUCACUUUGCUGGAAUGAUUGAGACUGGGCUGAUCAAUAUAUGAUCUAUCAUCUUAGAUGUAAGAAGCUGUUCAUUAGCUCACUCUGAAAUCUUUUGGCUUCUCCAUUUAAUGAUUUGGCCAUAUUGCUGAAAUAAAAUUAUUUUUAACAGGGUAACAUCAGGCUUCCACUUUUUUAACCCCUUAAGGACAAAUGUGUGACAUGUCAUGAUUCCCUUUUAUUCCAGAAGUUUGGUCCUUAAGGGGUUAAAGACAAGUUAGAUGAGCGUUACGAUGCCACCAUGCUCACAGUCUCUUACCAAGUAUGGGAUGUAACCAUUGUUGGAUUUACAACCCCCGUAGGCACAAAUGUCUUAGACAUCCUUCUUCCCCAAAAAAUCCUGUUCGUUGUUGCUUUAUUCAUGUUUUGGAAGACAUACAAGAUAGCUGUGAAGUACAUCUCUUACUCAUACUAUAUUAAUUUAGCAAAAUGAAAAAGUAUAUUAAAAUGUCUAAAAAUGAACAAAAUAUCCAUUUGUACCCAGAGUAGGUACACCUUGUAGACAGGUACCUAUAGGCAACUUCCUACUGGCCCUGGAUAUAGUCUGCAGUAUUAUGUAGAUGAAUUCAGAAGGUGAAAAUUAUAUUAACACAUCUUUGCUGUUCACAAAUUCACGUUUUCCUUGUUUUAGUCACAGUCAGCCUCCUGAGAGAGAGGUUUGGCAGUGAGCUUGUCUUGUUGGCUACUCACACUGUCCAACAACAAUUCUUUAAUUUCUCUGUGGAAUGCUCAAGUGUGCUUGCUUUGUUAUGUUUUGUAAUCGACUCACGGCAGUGCUUCUAGCUAAUAUCAUCUUCGUAUGGUGGCAGUGAUAUAUUUAAAUUCAUUUUGUCACCUUCUUAAUGUAGUUUUCAGUGAAAUGGCAGUGCUUACAUUGCUGUCUAGGAACACCUCUAGUGACAGUCACUCAAGUGGCCAUUAUACGUGCUUCCUGGGUCAGUGCUGCACGCUGUGUAGACUCAGUGCUCUUCAUGUAGACUCUGAACGCUCCCCAUACAGAUAUAUUGUUUCAGUGAGGAGAUGCUGAUUGGCGCAUCGCAGCAUUUUGCCGCUUGUGCGCUUUAGCCUCCUAACUGAUGAUCUCAGCCAAGGAGGUUGGAUGGAGGAGACCCCCAUUGCGCUUGCAAAAGGGAGUAAAAUAUUGAGAUUCGAACCUGGGUUUCCCAGUUCUAAAGCAGUUUUAUUACGUCUGUGGAUAUAGUUACUUUUCCUAGAAAUAGCUAUUUUUGCCUAAAUUUUGCAGCUUGGAUUUCAGUCUUUAUAGUGAAUAAUUUCCAGCGGGUUGGGGAGGACAGAGGCAAAUAUUUAAAUUAAAUUGUCAGAAAUUCUCAGGAUAGAAAUCUCAGUUUGAAAUCUCUGUGAAAUUAUCCCAACUGGCUUCAAACAGAGGCCUAACAAUCAUCAUUAGCCCCUUGAUAGGUCCGACUAGCUCAGGAAUUGCUCAGAAAGGAAUUCCUGCACAAUUCACAAAUUAAUCCCAGAUUAAAUACCGUUGUACCCAUGCUGUACUAUUGGAUAAUUUUAUCUUGUAAUCUUGGGAAGUUGGACACCACAGAAAUAGCCCCAGCAGUCACUCAUUAGCAACUAUAAUAAGUGCAAUUAUAAACCAGCCUGUUUACAUAGGAACUGGAUUAUUUUAGCUGAGUAAGAGUUUACUUUUCAUUUUGAGUUCUAAUCUUUCAAUAGACUUCAACUGAGAAACUGCUAUUCGAUAAGCAGAUCAAAUCCUAGCGUUGCUAAGAGAAUCUAGCCAUUGUUUAUCUGAACCAAUUAAUGGAAACAUGACUAUAGCUGCAGACUGACUGGGUUUGAUCCGUAGAUGCUGGGUUUGACCCCAGUAGUUGCUGUACCACUCGUUCUCCACCAGGCCUUGACUUUGCAAGCUUUGCUCACUAGUAAACUGGCCCAUGUUCAAAUUGCAAGCUCUGCUCACUAGUAAACUGGCCCAUGUUCAAAUUGCAAGCUCUGCUUACUAGGAAACAGACCCAUGUUCAAAUUGCAAGCUAUUCUCACUACGAAACAGGCCCAUGUUCAAAUUGCAAGCUCUGCUCACUAGUAAACUGGCCCAUGUUCAAAUUGCAAGGUCUGCUCACUAGUAAACUGGCCCAUGUUCAAAUUGCAAGCUCUGCUCACUAGUAAACUGGCUCAUGUUCAAAUUGCAAGCUUUGUCUUCUCCUUCAUGAUUUUUUUUACUUUGUUCCCUUUAUUUGAAUGUGGUUAUACAUAGCUGUGCAAUCAGCCUCUAUUUAUAUGGCUAUGGGGGAUCUGUCCUCCAAAAUGUGUUUCAGAACCUAAAUUUACACCAAAGAGUGGGAACCACCCUCCAAAUGGGUCCUUGUCAAGUUUUUUAAACAUGUUUGGAUAAAAUUUGGUAAGACACUGACAACUUACUAUUUAGUUAAUGAGCCCCAUGCGUACAGCAGACCGUAGUCUCCACACCCCCUGGAGAUUGUUUCCACCACAACUGCAACUUGUUAAUACUAAUAGAAAGAAGUUUUGACCUAACAAAAUCUUUUUGUUUUUUAAAAAAAAUCUGUUUUUACGUUGUUUGUUUGCCUCGCAUGGUUUUAUAAAAUAGGCAAUGACAACGUCUUGCCCUCGGCCCUCUACUGAUCUAUCUUUUGGUUUCUUUCAAAUAUCUUUUUAACACUCCCUUUUUUUUUUAAAUUGCUAUUUCCUUGCUUCCCGCUCGUAGCCACAUUGGCCAUGCCGCAGUGAAAAUCCUAGACACACCCUAAAGCCGGCAGGUGCUGCCUUCAAACUGUUGAGUCCAUGAAUGCACAAGCGCUGACCUUUGACUCUCAAGCAGCUGUCAAGCUUUUCUGUAGUUUCCUUUAACACUAAGGCAGGACUGUGUUUAGAUUUCAAUCUUUCCCUCCUGAGCCACUGUAUUGCUCCACCCUAUCUUUUUUUUUCCACCCACUGACUCCUCCACAACUGUCUUGUUUAACAGAUUUUAUUUCCAGCUGGUAGAGUCGGAACUUAAAGGCACAGUAAAGCCUUUUGGCAAACAAACGUUAUGUCGAAGGCACCCGCCACAUCUGUUCAAACUCACGUUUUUUUGUAAAUAUAAAUGUCAUGCAGGGCACCUGUAAUAUAUCUUCCAUAUAGUAUGAUGUCUGCAAAGUACCUGCCUGAAUCUAGAAGUAAAAUAAAUAAAUAAAUCAGAUGAUACUUAAAUAUUAAUUUAGCUAACGAGUCGGUUCCAAUAGAAAGUUUAUAAAAAGAAAUCCAAACUUCCUUCCUCACAGGCAUCCUGAAAAUAAUUGGAUUAGAUUCUGUAAUACAAGUGUAGCUUCAGGCUUGGACAGCGUUUCAUGUACCAGCAAUGAAAUGAGUUUGGUCGCAGGUAAACGGAUUAAUGAUUAUUUUGAAACGGAUGUGAGUUAAAUAACAUGUACACCAUCGUUCGGCUAUUUUGACCUCAAAUUUGAGAUUCGAUUUUAAUUCCUACUUUAGUAAAUAACUCUGUUGGUCUAAAUUUGCAAUUCCCUUGUUCAUUUUAUAACAAGUCUAGUUGUGUAAGUAAACUGAGCAAGUAAAUUGGUAACAGCUCCUGAAUUCUAUUCAAUCACAGCACUAUUCAAACUUAUGACUGGACCAGCGAUAUUAAUCUGUACAGCAAACUUUUACUUUUAAAUGUAUGUCUUACAUAUUUUCCCCCUUUCGUUGUUGACUAAGCCAAUUUCUGAGUCCACCCACUUUUUCUAAGGACCAGAAAGAGAGAACAAGUAAAGACUUGCUCUUCUACAUAAUUUCUCAGAGAUUGUAAAGGAACAUUGGCCUUGGGCAGUGUCUGUAUUUUGUCCGAGGACACUUUUAUAAUUGGGCAGGAAGCUUCUUCACGCUUCAAAAUACCAUAUUUAGAUGUUAAUAGGGCAUCCAGGUGACCCAGCGGGGGUUAACAAACUAAACGAAACAGCAAAUUUCAUCCUCUUCAAUGUAAGAAAAAUAUAUUUCUGAAGAACUUUGUUUAGGAAAACGAUAGACAGGUAAGUUGGUAGAUAGAAAAACGGACAGGUAGGUAGAUAGAAAAAUGGACAGGUAGGUAGGUAGAUAGACAAUUAGACAGGUUUAGUAGGUAUACAUAUGUACAAGAGAGAUAGUAUGUGCAAAAUUAGCUUUAUGUGUACUUUUUCUGCUCCUGGCAGCAUGUGGGUUAAAAUCCAGUUAUUGAAAAAACAGAUUGCAGAUACUUUUAGAGGGAGAUAUGAUUCAUGCUCGUAACCUUUUUUUUCCAAACACUGGGGAAAGAGGACGUUUCCUUGUUAAACCUGAUGUGUGCGUGCGAAACCACUCCCUGAUCACUAGAAGACUACAAUUUUGACUUUGCCAGUCUGAGUGAAUUUAAGUGGUCACAUGCUAAACAAAAAACGAAAUGACUUGUGUUCUCCCGAUAGACUAACCGGCUAAACGCUCUGUAUGUUAAAGCGCUGGACAGUUGUCUUUUCUUACCACCUGUCUUGGAUUUGAAGGACAUUACACAUGGGGAAGCUGUUCCCUGACAUUUGCUUCAGGCAUAAUAAACCUAUUAUUGAGAAAGAGCAACACUUCAACUGAACCUGUUUUACACUCUGCUCAGUAAAAGAGAACAAACAGCCUGCCCUGUAUAGCCUAUUAUCGUUUUAACGCAUUACUCUCCGAUCAGACUUUUUAAAAGGGUUCCUUCACUAAACUGUGAAUUUUGGUGAUGUAACAGCCUGUCAUAUAGUCCUGUAUUAAAAAAAAUAAAUGAUGAGAUAGAUACACAGGGUGAAAUGUCAUAAUGCAGUACCCCUGCAGGUCUCAAAUAUGUUGAAUUAUUUAUGACCCAAGACGCCUGCAUUAAAGCCGUGAUAGUUAACUUUAGCACUGCAGAUGUUCGAGCAUUGCAUUUCAGAAACCUGGUGCACCGUGGGAAAUGUAGUCCAGCAACAUCUGCAGUGCUGGGGUUAGCCAUCAGCGUAUUCAAGCCUUCAGCUCUCCAGCUGUUGUCCAGCUAUUGUGGCUAGUAAAGAAUAAUGGCUUUUGAUGGCCGACAAGAGCCAGAUGGAGGGGUUUACAUGAAAAUUCAGACCUUACUGCGAUAGUACCUUUUUUUUUCAAGUACCCACAUUUUGUAUAUAUAAUUUACUUGGGAUUUCCCAUUGUUCAGCUGUAAAAUAAACUCCGUGACCUAAUCUUCAAUUUUAAUUUACUUACCGUAAUCUUAAAAUGCAUUUCCAUAGCACUUUCAAUUGGCUAUUCUCAGUGUUCUAGGAGUCUCAAAUUCACUUGGGAAAGUACUGUCACACUCAUUACAAUAUAUAACUAAUGGGGAUUCCCUAAAAAAUGGCAUGACAUAGUUUCACAUUUUUGGUCCUUAGUCAGGAUUUUAGAGCAGAAGUUUCCACCCCAGGCAUCAAGGAACAGCGAUAGUAAAAAAUAUAGGCAUUUCUCAUUACUCUUAGAAUAAGGAAAAUUGCAAACUGUUAACAUUGGUGUACCUUAAGAACUGAAUUGAGAGCCACAACCCUACAGAUUUAUAGCAUGUUUCAUAACCUUCUUAUUGUGUAGAGGCACAGCAUGCCAGCACACAUAGAUGUUGCCAGUGUAGUGUCUUUGGGGUUGAAGUCCCAGAUUUACGACUCUUUAGCUCAGAAUAUUUACAAAUAGUAAAUCUGAUCUGAAAUUUUACACAAAGCAGUUUCUUAAAAGAAAGCUCACUAGUAUAGUUAGUGAUGGUUUUUUAAAGUUUUGCUUCGGGCUCAAGCCCUAGUGGUUUCUGUGACCUUGACACAAACAUGGUUGACCCCCAGACAAUUAUACCAGACAAUAGUUUACAUCGCUCUUUCGAUGGUAAAUAUUUUCUACCUGUACUGAUCGUUUAAAAUAUGAAUCAUGCAUUGAACUCAAUAUGAUCGUGAAUUUAUGAAUUUAGGCUUCAUUUAUUUAUUUGGUAAAUAAAAUGUUUUUGGGAUCCAGAAAAGACAGAACUUUUUGGAUUACCAAAGUAAUACAGUAAAGACAUAAGCAAAUAUUUAGAACAAUUUCAGAAUAUGCUACCAAGCGAUAAUUAUCCUGAGCCUGGACAAGAGUAAAGGAAUCUGUAGCACAUCAACUAUUUAUAUCUAUUCACAUUCAUUUGUCAUACAUUUUAUGUUACGUGCUCCCAUUGUAAAUCUGUAAAACGUUGUGGGAUAUGUUAGCUCUAUAUGAACGAUAAUAAAAAUAAUUUUCAGGUUAGCCGAGGCUUUGACAUGUCAAAGCAACUAUAUGUCCUUUUUUAGUAUCAAUACAUUCAGUAAUUUUUCCAAACAAAAAGAUUUUUUUUUUUUUUAAUUAUUAAACGUUUUCUUUCUGGCACCAUAGAAGAUUUAAUACAACUUCAACUACACAAAGAUUACCAUGUUGCUGAUUAUUGCUUCUCCAUUGUAGAUUUGGCAUUUAACUGCUCCACUGUCUUGCUUAUUCCUAUAUUUGGUCACUGACGUGCUGUGACUUGUUCCAUUCAGGGUGAUGUUUGCCCUGCAGGCCUCUCUUUUACUUUUUUUUUCCAGCAUGCGGCAGGCUGGGGCAGGGGGGAUCUGGGGGGAUCGGACACGGAGAAACAGAUGUACUUUUACUGUGUGACCUAACAGUUGAUUCAGACAUCUAUUCAGGAGUUGAGAUACAGCUGCAACAGUAUUUCACUUCCACGGAUUGGUGGCGGGUACACGGGCUGUGAUUAUCAUCUUUAGAAUGCAAUCUAUAAAUGCAAAACUUUUAGAAGCUGUGUUUGAAAUACAACUCACUAUGAGCUGGUUUCUUGAAGUGCUUCUGUCAUGCAAAGUGACACAAUACCAGUUUAUCAACUGUAAAAAUUAAUCUGUACCAUAUUUUAAUCAAGUAGAGGUCUUUGCCCAUUGGCAUACCAGUCUGCAUUUAUGGGAGCUUCAGUUGGCACAGUGUGUGUCUGCUUACUAACACAAUACCAAGAAUGGCACCCAACAGGGUCCCAUUAUUCUAUACUACCGACCCAAGAAAAAUAAUAAAAAGUGUCGUCCUAAAAUGAGCAUUAAUUAGGGCCGCAUUCACUAACCAGUGAGUUGAGAAUGGUCUUGUAAGAUUCCAGUCACAAUACCAGAGUUUAAAAAAAUAAUCCAUAACGUUUCCGAAUUGGAUAUUGUUUUGAAUUAGGCUCUUUAAAAUAUGUUUUUCGAUAUUUAAAGCGGCACUGUCAUUGUCUAGAGACUUUGCAAAAUUCGCAAAGACAUCCAACAAUGACAUAAUUGCUGGAGGUCCGAUGGCCGAGGGGGGCAGUUAAAGGGGGGCAGUCAUCAUCAUCGUACCAUUGUCAUCACGGGUGACACCUGUAAGGAUUGACACUUCUAGAUGGCGGUAGCUCCGUCCUGUGUUUAGAAGCGUCAAGCAGAGGAAAUAUCUCAGUAUAUCUCUUGACUGAGUUGGAAUUUCAAUGAUUUUAUAUUUAUGAAUAACUAAUAUUCCAGGGGGAGUUGGAGGGGAUAAUAGUGUCGUUUUAAGGUCCAAAAUGGCAAAUGUAAAUAUUAUUUAAGUUAGCUAUGUUUUUAUUUUGGCUGUUGUGUUUUAAAAUUUGAAAUUCACUUUGAAUUCCCGAUGAUUCACAUUUUAAUGAAUAAGUUCUUGGCAAUGCCAGCAAACAUGUUGUUGCCAGGACGGGAGGGAGUAGUGUGUCUGGCAUGUGGUUGCACAUGUGACGUGGUUUAUGUCACUUUCAUCCACUCAGCCGUAGAAGAAAUGCGUCUUUUUUUCGACAGCUAUAUUUAUAUUAUAGUAUAUUGACUUUACAUUAGAACAUAAAAAAAAAAAAAAAUCAGGGCUCCUCAUAGAUAGGAAGUCUAUGAUAUGAAUGGCAUUAUGACAAUUUAAAAAAAAAACCUGUAAAAUUUCAUAUAUAUAUGUGAAAGAGCUCCAGUGCUCCGGCUGAGUUCCUAUGUCAACGGUCUGUCUUGCAAAAAAGCAGUGAAGUGACUAUAGCCCUCUCCCCAAACACUAGACGACACUUGGUGAAGGGGUUUUUAUAGGGACGAUCAUAACGGGGGUUCAUCAACGGUGACAAUGGAUUCCCUCCCUGAGAUAACGCAAUUAACUGGGAAUGAUUUAAUUAGCUUCCAGACAACAGGACGCCUUACACAGUAACCUCAAUACUUAAGUCUCUAUCAGUAUAUCGACAACUUAUACAUCCACGGAUAGACCUAGUUCCCAUGAAAUAAAUGUCCAUAAAGCACCCAGAUUGGAUGUACACAGCCCGAGUAAUCAUCAUGUAAAGUUUAGUUGGGCUGUGGCCAUUUUCCUAUCCGGUGCAGAGUUCCAGGCUAAUGCACUACUCAUUUGUUUUAGUGAACGGUUUGGAGGGAUUCCCUUCAUUAGGGAUGCUGCCCACCUACAUACUGUUUGUUAAUUAGCGCUGACCUAUUGCUGUAUUGUGUGAAUCAUUUUGUGGAACCUGGGAGUGCUGAUAUUUCUUAUCCAGUAUACAUAUUUUAGUGCUAUCGAGCACCAGGUGAUAAGACUGUGAGUAGGAGUGCAAGGCCAUUCUCUUUAUAUAUAUAUAUAUAUAUAUAUAUAUAUAUAUAUAUAUAUAUAUAUUUUUUUUUUUUGUUUGUUUAUUUUGGAGAUUGGCUGGGUUAUUACUUCAAAUUUAAUGCCAAAGUAGCAAAACUGAAAGCAUGGCUGAAUUAGAGGAUUUUUCCAGUUUGGCUGUUUGACCUUACAUUUUAAAUUCACUUUGAAUCCUCACUUUAGUGAAUAAUCCUGUUAGUGUCUUCAUGAGGGGGAGCCAGACUCGUCUAGUGUGCUUGGAUGGGGCAUUUCUAUAUAUCCAGGAAUUCCCCUAUUGUGUAGUAAUCUGCUUAAAAUAAUUCUAAUAGUGGAGAGUUGCUCACAUGACAAUACGUCUUCACAUUAGUCACAUAAGAGUGUUAACAAGAACGGGCGCCAAGGGGUGCCUGCAGAUAACCUUGCUGUUAUUACUGUAGAAUUGUAUUUAUUAUAUUUUUAUGAUUUUUAUGGUUACAAAUGUUGUGGAAUUGCAAUAGAACAGGAUUACAAACAAGUAGCUCCACAAUGACACAUUAUAAAAUUAUAUAAAAUCAUACAUUUUGGCCCUUUUGGAUGGCUGCGUUGGUUGUAGAAUUCAGCAUUAAUGUAUGAAUUAAACAAAAAAGUUAUCAGCGCUCCAUCACAAAACGCAAAGUAAAUUUUGUUAGGGGAACUCUGACUUCCCUGGAAAUUACACCAUUGAAUAUAACAAGGAAAAUUAUCUAUAACCUGUGUUUUAAGGGGCUGGCUAAGAAUCACUACAGAAUGGCAAUGUUUUCAUUGCAGGGUUUAAAUGGCUAUAGUGUCUGUUACUCUGACAGCCACUAGAUGCAAUUUAGACUAAAUAGAAUAAAACUCUGUUAUUUCAAUCAGAUCGUCUCAUGGAGACCAUCUGAAUAGCGCAGCGUUGUGUUUUGCUUCAUAUUCCCUCAAACUUCCCAAUGCUUUCCUAUGGGAACUCUCUGGAUUGGCUGAGAGCAUUAAUUUCAAUGAUCUCAGAAAAGGAGGCUGGUUGGAAGCGCAGAGACCGACGCUGAGAAGAAGAAAUGGUAAAUUCCUUUAGUUUCUUAUGUUUGAAUGACCGGGAGGUCCAAAACGCGUUAGAAAUUUUUGCUUAACCUUUCCCUCCUGCUUUGUUUUUCUUUUCUGGUGGCUGAAUAAGCUUCAGUUUGGUCGAGUGAGCGCUUGUUGAGGCUUUUUUGUUUUGUUUUGGGUUUUUUUGUGCAGAAAACUUACGUGAACUACCUUUUUUAUUCCCUAAACGGUCACCAGGGCUUAAAUCUAAAUGAUGUGAUUUUUGGGGCAUAGUAAAACUACUUGGGAGUGACAUUUCAUCUUGAAGUAGGGUAUCAUUGAUUUUAUCCAUUACACUGUUAUUAAGGACCACAAUAAAAAUACAUUAUUACAUUUCAAAUUUAAAUUCAAGUGUAAUGUUUUGAGCUGAAAACCUUGCCUAGAGUCGUGUUUUAUUAUUAUUUUAUUAUUUACAUAGCACCAUCAGAUUCCGUAGCGCUGUACAAAGGGUGGACUAACAGACAUUUAAUUGUAGCCAGACAACUUGACGUACAGGAACAGAGAGGUGGAGGGCCUGCUCAAUGAGCUUACAUUCUAGAGGAAUGUAGACAACCUUGCUUAUGAAUUUUAUAAGUGUUAUCUCAAAGUCCUCUAUUUGUCUUUUUAUAUUGUUUAGUGUUGUUUUUCUUUUUGUUACUUAUUUAGCUUUAUUUUCUAUACAAUACCAAUAGAGCAAACAGUGAUGUUCAAAAAUAAUAUAACAAACAUAUAAACACUCCAUUUUAAAUAACAGUAUUCUUUCGGUAAUACCUUAUUAGUAAACAAACCUUGAGAUUUACUAGCUGUUGUGAUGAAAUAGCUCAGUUGGUUAGUGUACCAAGUGAUGGAUUUUUUCCAAACCUUGGGUUCACAGGUUCAUUUCCCACCAGGAUGGAACCACUAAUCCUUUAAAGGUCAAUAAAAUGAAUACUGAUAAAUUGGAGUCGUAGUAACCUCUGCAAAUCAGCUGCUAUUUCUUUUUCUUUGAGCUAAAUUACCGUGAGUGGCCUUAAGGAGAAAUUGAUUAUAAUAAAAUAAUUAUUAUAACAAUUUGACUGAAAAAAAAACAAACAAACCCCAGGUGCGUCUUUCGCCACCCUAUCUGCCCACAGCCCCUCUAUGUCUCCCUGCCAGAUAACAAAAGAUAACACAUUAUCUCAGCCCCAGGCAUGGGAGGAAAGGUGUUUUGGAAACACAUAACCUCCCUGACCUACACAAUUGAGCUUUUGCAAAAGGCAGUAAGUGGUUCUUGCAUUAACUUAACAAGUGAACAUCAAUACAUCAGUUUGUUUGGAGUGAAACAUUCUUCUGCCAUUUAACUUACCUCCCCUAAUUUAGUACCAAGAUCUCCUUUCUCCGCGUAACACCACCAAUCCCCAAGAGCUCUGCAACAUUAUGUCUGUGUAUACCUUGUAUCUUUAAAUCAGCAGUCCAUUCAAAUUCAGCCAGCCACAAAUAGGUGUAUACACCAAAACAAAGCUCUUAAUGAGACCUGCCAUUAGUGGGACUGAUGAUAAUAGUGUUUAGUUCCUAUGCAUUUUUUUUUGUUUUUUUUAAUUACUAUUAAAAUACAAGGUUUUGUAACACGUGGGACAUUGAUAAUUUGUUAAAGUUGUCAGGAAUUCAAAAUUAAUUUCAAAAUUUAGAACAAAGUAGACAAAUAUAGAAAAGUACGUUGUUUAUAGUUUGCCUAGUUUAACCUAAAAUUUGAAUUUCAGUUUGAAUUAACUUUGAAUUUUACUUUGACAAGUCACACUUCAGUGAGAAGACCUACUUUAAAUAUUUGAACUGUAAAACUGCAGAACAUAAAUGUAAAUAUAUAUAUAUAUAUAUAUAUAUAUACAUAAUAUGUAUUAAUAUAUAGACUGUAAGCUCGUUUGAGCAGGAUCCUGCAAGUUUUCUUGUAAUUGUCCUAUUUAUAGUUAAAUCCCCCCUCUCAUAAUAUUGUAAAGCGCUACGGAAUCUGUUGGCGCUAUAUAAAUGGCAAUAAUAAAAAUAAUUAAAAUUAUAUAUAAAUGCAAAGCAUAUGAUCCUUAUCAUCUGUAUGAUAUAUUUUUUAUAUCUUCACUUUUCUAUGCAAAUGGGAAAAAUACAGUCUUUGUCCCCAGCUCAGAAAACAGCAAAUAUCAGUAAAUGCAUUGCAUUAGUUAAUGCCUUUGCAAUACCUUGAUUUGCUCUUUUUUUGAUAACUUUUUCAGAUUUUCUCUCAAAAUCCAGGUUAACUUGUGCGGGCAUUUAGAGACUCCCUAACAAAACAACAACAACAAAACAGUAGUACUCUGCUAAAAUGUAUUUAUGGAUUCUUUAAGUGUUGCCUUUUCAAUAUUUUUCCUGUUCAAGACAUAAAGAUUAUACAUCACCACACACAAACAUACAAACAUGAAAAUGUCUAGCAUUUUAGCUUAUUUGUUACAGACCUUCAAUCAUUGUCUGUUUGUUUUGCAGGUCGGAACGAACUGAUUGCCAGAUACAUAAAACUUCGGACAGGCAAGACGCGUACAAGAAAGCAGGUGAGAACACUGGAUAAUAUAUGCUAGUUUAGAAGUCUGGUCAAUAAUAAGGAGAGUCUGGUAAUACCUGAAGUUUGAGGGUUUUUUUUAAAGAAACUUUUAACUUCAGUAAAACAUCUCAUAAGUUACGUACAGAUAACAUUUUGAAAUUGCAAAGAACAAUCAUUACACUCAUCGGCCAUACCAUAAAGAGAGCCCAUCAUGUAAACACUAUGUGAUCUGCCAAAAUUUAUAAACGUCUGAACCUUUAGAUGUGUUUGGGUCUUAUCAGUGUCUUGCAGCUGGUAUUACCAUCGAGCAAACAGGGUCAGUUUCUGGAUUCUUUGUCAUUUUCCUGGAGACAGCCUGUGAAUUUAAAUACUAAAGAUAAGGAGAUGAUCAAUUUAAAGAUGGGUGAAUAGCUCGGUGUCCGCAAAAUGUUCCACCAGAGAAUAAAUAAUGGCCCCAGGGAUGGUCAGUCUGAAGUUUGUAUUCACUCCUGAAGUGUGGCUGAUGUCUGGUGAAUUAAUAACUCUUUACUGUUUAUUAGUGUCCUCCUACAUUUCCGACUUUGAACCAUUUAGCAUGGACUUCACUUCUCCAGUGCCCUUGCAACAAGUCAUCUGGAGCACUCAUUCUUCAUACUAGGUCUAUGUCUCAGAGAGAUGUUCCUUGCAGAACAAUUGUCACCUUUGAUGGAAAUUAAAGACUUGUAAACACAAUCUAAGAACAGUGCCCUAAUAAUUAAUAAAACAAGCAUGUUUGGAUGCCUGUAUUCACGAAUUGACACCUCUUCACAUUAAUACGAACUAAGUAGUUGUCCAUGUGAUUAGUGAGUUUAGAGAGGUUAUUAGCACCAAAUAAAAUAUAGAAGCAGAUAGCUGGAUGGGUGGACUGGUGAUGUGUCGCAGAUAAACAAUCAGGAAAAAGUGAUAUGGGAAGUGAGGGGCCUAUUAACACUGUGGGAAAUGUUCUGCCUGCAGUGUCACUUGGAACAAUGCUAAUUUUACUCUAAAUACAUUUCCCAAGUCCCCUUUACCACAAAGCUUUGUUCUUGUUUAUUUCGUACCCACCAGAGUCAAAUUGCUUUCUUAGUAUCUAACUCCUCUGUCUGUCACAGUGCAGCAAGAUACAGCCUUUAUUUAUCUGUACAAUACCAAUAUACCCAAAUAAAUAAUAAAUAAAACACAUGCAAUGUAUCUAAUGAAAGUCAGCAAUGUUUAUUAUUGGAAAAAUAUGCAUCCUGAGCUUAUAGACCUUGUUUAAUGACCAGACCUUGGACUGACAUGUUGAUCUAUAUUCACUGACCAUUUGUUGUUUAUAUUUUAUAUUAUAUAUUGAAGCCAGUGUUUAACCACCUGGGCAUUUACUGCUUGAUACCCACAUGUGUAGCCCACAUGCCAGUUAUAUAAUAGACAAAAUAUACUGUUUGCUGCUUUGCCCCCAUCCAUGGGAACUUUGCUUAACUAACACUUCCAAGUUCUCACGGCAAGGAAACACUCCCAUGGACCACAUCAUAAAAAUACUAAUUCUGAUGAUGAGCAUUGCUUGCAGAUAACAUUGAUCGAAUAAUUUAACCGUGUGUACAGCCUUGACUCCCAAGUGCAGAAUCUCAUUGUCUUCCCUUGUAUUUCAUUAAAAUAAUCGCCUAUUGAUCAAUAUAAUAAUAAACAUAAAGUAGAUUUUAUAUCGCCUUGUGAUAUUAUUUAGUUUUGUUUUCUGUCUUUUAACUGAUCUGCCAUUAGGAAGAUUUAAUUCUAUUUAUUUAUAUUGCAUGUGUUUGUAUCAAGGUGUUUAUCAUUAACAACUGCACAGUCCCACACAUUUUAUAUUAAAAAGGGGGGAGAUCCUGACCACCAUUGAGAGGCCUGUUUGGGGACCGCAGUACUGCAGUUUUCUUGAACAAUAGUUACCUAGAGCAGGCAGGCUGGCCCAGGCAGUAUUCAUGGGCUCAGAGCAGUAGACAAACCCAGUCCACAUUCUGUUAUAGUAAAUGGCUGUAGACCAAUUGUUAAAGUGUAACGAUUGCUCAAGGCAGCUGACGUCUGUGCUCAGCGAUCACUUAUUUACAUGGUAGCGGAUCAUAUUACAUGUUUUGCAGAGUUACGGGUUCCUAGAUACAAAAGACUGCUUACUUCCUUACUUCCUGCUCCUUCAUCCAUAUCACAAUGAGGGAUUGCUGCCUGUUUUGGCACUGUAUCUAAACACAUUCCGUAUGAACUACUUUUUUGUUGUUGUUUAAUUCGGCCAAAUUUUUUUUUAAGACUAUCCAGGAGUUGCUAUUCUUUCUCUUUUAAUAUGCUGCAAAAUCGUACUGGAUUAAUUUCGAAGAAUUUUGGAAUCAGAUUUUAUGCUUUUCUGAAAUAACAAAACUAUAGGGAAACAGAUAUUCACUCCCAGGGGCCAACGUGUUGAAAAAAAUACAUUUGUGUUUAAAAGGAUACUGUAUGCACUCUAUCUGCUUCAUCUCUUUGAAGUGGUUAUCCCUUGGUGCCUUUGCUUUAUUCAGCUGUUUUUAAUGUAUUUAUGUUUUAAUGCUAAACAAGAGAGCCUGGGAGCCAUCCCCCUCUAGGCUGCUUUGGCUAAUGAGAAAGAAUAUACCUGGGAAGCAAUGGACGGCUGUGUUUGGCUGAAAAUGUAGGCUGACUGCUUUUAGCCUAUUAGAGCUCCCUUUGCUGGUAGGAAUUGGUCUGACUACAAGGAAGUGUGUAUCUCUGCCUUAGCCACACCUGCAGUAGGGGCCGGGCUGUGGGUGGCCAGGUACCUUUAUUAGAUUAAAUGGUUAUAGUAAUUACAGUGACGCUUUAAUGAUUUAUGUUAUUCAUCUUUUAGUAGAAAAUAGAUUUGUGACAGAAGAGAACCUGUACACACAGCCUGAUCACUCAGCACUAAAACUAAAUCAGCAUUGUCUACUGCAAGCAUUUGUAAUUUCCUUUGCCAACUCUGCUGGAAGGCGUUUCUCAGAUUUCAAUAGUGUCCAUUCAAUGUUAGUUAUAUCACAACCCAAAAUACUGUGCAAUACAUUAAGUGAUCUGCAAAAUCCAAGUGUUGUUUUUAAUGUUUGGUAGUGGACUGCUUCACAGUCCAUGCCCUGGUUAAAACCCAGGGUUUAAAAUAUUCCUAAUAUUCCGACUUCUUAAAAAAAUACUUCAGCCCUAAUAUGUCAAACUACUGCUCUGAUCCAGACAGGUCACUCAUUUGCCAGGCCUGUAAAGAUAGUUCCAGUCUUGUGUUCCUCUUCCCAGCCCCUCCUUUUUCACAUAGCGGAUUAUUCACUAAGGUGAGAAUUGUCGAAAAUUGUAAGUCAUUUUCAAAUUUAGAGCAGCUCAUGGUGACUCUGCCGCUGGCAAUGGGAUUGCCGCAAAGUCAAUUUUAGUGGAAUUCCAACAAAGACAUAAAUUAAUUUAUUUUGGGGGGUUGGAGCCAAAGGCCCAAACCGGAAGCAUAGCUGACUAUGAGAAUUAUUUUGGUCUUAAUUUUGAAAUUUGCUUUGAAUUGCCCACAGUUCUCACUUUAGUGAAUAACCGUGAUAGUCUCUGCAUUCACCAUUAAUCUGGGGGAGUCAAAGUCGGCCGUUAAAGCAUAAACCUUGGGCUUUUGUGUCUGAAUGCGGGGCGAAUCCUACCUCAACACGUCACCUGAUACCUUCAAAGUGGAGCCUCUCAAACUCUCUGUUUAGUAAAUAGACACUUUAAACAAACACUAGCAAGAAUAGUCUGCAUGAAGUUUUGUUUAUUCCACAAACAAAACAUAAUAAAACAUUAAAGGGAGUGAAUCAUAAUUAUUUUCAGUAAUAGAAGACUAAUACAAAGUAUUGAUCAAAGCAGUCAGUUCUUAUACAAUGUGGAGUUUAUAGGGAAAAUGCUAUUUAGCGCCAUGUUAAAGAAUGAAAUUAACAACAACCUUAAAUAUUUUCAACAAGAAUCUGUUCAAUUUUGUACCCACUCCUUGCCUGUUGUAAAUGCAGAAUUAGUUGCAUUUUCUCUUAUUUCUGGAUGAUGAGAUAGAUUGCACCCACAAAGAGUAAACUGCGUCCUUUUUUAAAAUGAAGAUAAGCUGUGCCACUCUGAUUGGCAAAUACCCUGGGAACACGAUUUAUUUUAUUCUAAUGUGCCCUUAGAUUGCUAUAGAAACAUAGACUGUGACAGCAGAUAAGAACCAUUCGGCCCAUCUAGUCUGCCCAGUUUUCUAAAUACUUUCAUUAUAUAGUCCGAUUGAGUAGAGUCUGGUAUGGUUGACCCCUGGGCAUUUGAAGCGAUCUUAUUUGAGCUGCUGAGGCAGUCUUUGCUAAUGUAUCUAGGAUUGUGUAUAGGGAACUAUAAUAACCAGGUGAUUAAUAUGUGUAAAUUAGUCUGUAUUCCAGUUGGAAUGCUUUGUUGUACUCCCUCGAUUUAGUUGAUGAUAGGUUGCCACCCAGUGGUGUCUGGAAGUAAUGCAGUCAAAAUGUAGUACAGUAUAUUAAUUCAGGGAGUGAAAGUUGAGGUACAUGCACCUUCAAUACAUUUUAGCAUAGCUACAUAGAUAAACAAAAUCUGCAUUUCCUUAAAUAUACAAAUCUUAUCCAUUACUAAAGUUUUGUCCCAUUUCCAUGUGUCUGUGUAUAGUAACUAUGUGUUGGAGAGGAAAACGCACACCUAUGUCCCUAUGUACUUCUAAUAUCCUUGUAAUUCAAGGGCAGUUAACUUCUGGUUUUGCAGGCUUAAAUUUGUAAUUGCCGUAGUAAAUAUGUGUAUUGUGUGCGCGUCCUGUUAAUGUUCGUUUGCUGUUCCUUGUCUUCUCCAGGUGUCUAGUCACAUCCAGGUUCUAGCACGGAGGAAGUCACGUGAGAUCCAGUCCAAGCUGAAGGUAAGUACCGGAGCUGCCUCUCUGGAAGCUGCCAGCUUUGCUUCUCUGCUUGCGGCUGUCUUCUCCCUUCCAGGCUCGCUUCCUGUCUUGCCUGCAUUUAAUAGCUACGUUUCUGUUCCAGGCAGGAUUAGGAAACCUGUUACUGUAGCCAGUUGGCAGCAGUGAACCCAUAUACCAAUGAAUCAAUUGCAAUCCAAAUUGUAUGAACAUUGGGUUUGGUGAGACUGAUUGCUAUUUACGUUAAAGGGAAGCAGUGACUCAAAAUUCAAUUUUCAACAGUUUCCCCUAUCGUCAGCCUUAAUCCUAUAUCCAGUUACAAUCCAAUAGUUUAUUAUAUUUCUUAUAUAUACAUAUAUAUAUAUAUAGUGAUAUAGUAACAUAUAGUGUCGUUUUCUGCAAUGUGUAUGAGAGAGAGAGAGAGAGAAUAUGUACACAAAGACACAUAUGAUCAAUACAUUGGGACUUCUUCUGGUCAUGUAUGUUGCUAUAGAUUUCUGGGUGGAAGUUAUGUUUUAGGGAACCAUAUUGUGAAGCCCUUGUAACCCAAGCAUUGGGGAACGACUGAACACAAUACUUCCAUUAUUUUCUGUUUGUUUUCAAUAAAAAAAAAAAAACGCCAUAGUGAUAAAACAUUUAAAAAAAAAAACAGGGUUUAUUAUUAUUCCCCAUUCAUUUAUCUGCUCUCAUUCUGUGCCUUUGGAUAGGUUUAGUGAGUCAAGAUAUGCAGUUAUUGUAUCUCGAAAAGUUCAAUGUAACUUUUUAUGCUCACUCAUGGGUGGGAUGAAGAGUGGAUUGUAUAAAAAGGAGAGCUACAUGUAAAUCUGGAUGGUUCUGUUGAUUAUUCAUUUGUUUUUAUAUAAUACUAAUGACUACUCAGGGUUGGCAAAAAUAUGGUGUAGCAUGCAAAAGUAUGUAAAGGAUAGGUAGGUGAGUAGACAGACAGAUAGAUAGAUAGAUAGAUAGAUACGGACAGAUGACAUCGAAUAUACAUCAUUUUGAUCAGUCUAUGACUCGAGAGAAGUCUAGCUCACCUUUUAUGAUUAAUAAUUGGGACCCCACCGGCACCCAUGGAACACUAGGUUCUUCCCCUUUAUUAUUAAUUAGGAUAUUAUAGAAUAUUUUACUUUUUUUAACUAUGGUUAUAGCACAGUGCCUGUUUUCAUCCUCCAAAUUUAGUCUGUGCCUUUUCAUUUAAAAUAUUCUUUGUAAUAAUUGAAAAUGAUGAAAUUUAAUUGUUUGUUCUAUAGCUACAGUCCUAUUGCUGUUCAUUUUCUCAUCCUGCUGUAAAACCCAUUAAGUCUGUUCUAGGCUGACUUUCUCACUGACUACUGGCUCCUGUAAUGAUUUGCUUUUUGCUUGGCGUAUGUUCCAAGAUGGUAUAAAUCACUGCACAGCCAUAAACACGUUUAUGUUUUGACAGCAGUGAAUUUGCAAUUACUCUUCCUAUAUUAACAAUCUCGCUUCGCCUGUUAACACAUAUCCUAUUGGCAAGGUAUCACAGUCCUAGCCAGAAACCAGAUCUGUACUAUAUCAUCCUGUCUCUUUAAAAUUAAUUUUUGUUUGUUUGUUUCCUGUACGUACUAAUUAUUGUACCUGCAUUCACAUUUAUGACUAUGUUAAAGGGAUAUAACCAGCGAUAACCCACCUCAUUGAGCUUCUUUUUUUUUUUUUAUCUCUGCUUGGCCACAAAUUGCUUAAUCAAGCGCUUGAAAUUAACCCUGUUUCAUAAAACAAAUUCUCUAAUCAAUAGAGCAUCCAAAGUUGUUCAGACUUUAAACUCACGUUUUCAAAAUUUGUUUAAUCAUAGAUUUAGAUUUAAGGGAACACUGUAAGCAACAUAAUUUCUACAGCUCGCUGUAGUUGCUAUGGUGCCGCAAGUGCCUUGAUACUUUUCUAUUGUUUUAGAAGUUACACAAAAAAAGUUCCUGUCUUCAUAACCUUGUGCGUUGCAGUGGUUAUGAGGCUCGGAGUGUUCCUUGAACUCUCUUUUGAGCGUAGAACAUUUGCCAGUAUGCAUUGGAACUCAGAAUCCUAAAUUGAUGUUGGAUUCAGAUUUAAAAACUCGUUUUAACAAGUAAUGAGCCUUAAUUGCCAUUUUUUACAAGCAUUUCCAUGAUAGCAUAUACAUCAACCAGCAAAGAUAAAUAAAAAACUAUUGGCGUUGUGGGCUCAAGAAAUAUUAGAAUUAUGUAUGCUCUAUUGAUGAAUGUCUUUUUUUUUUUCCCAAAAAAAAUUUGGGGUCUUUUUUCAGACACUCCUAGAUCAUUGAUGGCUAACUCUUGACUUUAGCUGCUGUGGACUAUGUUUCAGAGACAAAUAAAGCUGCAGACCUGCUCGUCUGAGGGUGGACAGGAUUUUAUAGCAGCCAUUGAGUGAUUAUUUCCACGUUGGAGCAUCUUGCGUGCUUUAUAAAAGGACAUUUUCCAUUGGCAUGUAGACUGUCUUAUUCAUGAAGCUCAGUUGGCCAUUUUGUUUACUUGAGAAAAGACAAAAUUCAGUGUGAGAAAACAUAGCCCACAUUAGUUAGAAUAUGCCAUGAGUUAGCCAUUACUGGCCUUGACGUACUCAGUCUGACUAUGUAUGAUGCUUUUCAUGAAUUGGUUUUUGCUGGCCUUUAAUAUAAUUUUUUUUUUACAUCAUCUAUUUUUUCUCAAGUCUUUCUUUUCCAUUCCUAUAAUAUAUCCAUUUUUUGUAUAUUUGUUGUUCAUAAUAAAUACAUGCAUUGUUGAUUUGAUUCUUAUUUCCACUCCCUUCCCUCUUUCUCAAUUUUUAUAUCCUUCUACCCAUAUAUAUCGAUUUCCCUUUUGCUACUUAUUCUUCCAUCACACCCUGCAUUCACCACUUCGCUCCCUUUUUAUUCCUUCCCUGCGGGAUUGCAACUUUCCUGUUCUCCGCUCUGGAUGACAAUCUGUUUGUGUCCAGGCUAUGAACAUGGUAAGUUGGUGCUUGUAAUUCUAAUCUCUUUAUUUAUGACAUAACCAUUUAUUGAAUUUGUGAACAUGUUCAAAGGGUCACAAUAGGCACUAUAACUGCAGCAAAGAGACCAGGCUUUAGAUACCAGCAGAGAGCCUUUUUAUCAAAAACAAUUUGACGCAACCCAGGUAGACGAUGCCCAAAGAAUCUUUGCACCAUAACUGCUACAAUAAGCUGUAAUGGUUAGGGAGCUUAGAAAAGCACAAUUUGGAAGUCUCAAGUAGGGAUCUUGUCUGGCAGGUGAUGCAUUUAACAUAGCAUUUUCCAAUUAGUGUUCCGUAGGACCCUGGGAUCCCGCAAGAACAAAAUUGGAGUUCGGACACAAUUUGUCUUUGGGGGUGCCCUAGGGCCACCCGAUUGGUAUUUUCGCUGUGCAGGGGCCUGGUCGGGUGCCGCAAUUCUAUAAAAGACACUCUGCUAAUUAAAAGUUUGCUCUGUGGCGCAAAACAAAUGUUGGGGUUCCACAACGUUGGUAUAGUAUUUUAAAGGGUUCCACUGGAAUAAUUAAUUGGGAACCCCUGAUUUAACAAGUUUAAACUAGUGUUAAUAACGUAACAUGUUAAAUUGCCAUUAUUUUAAAUAUUCCUAUUGAUCAGCGGGUAAAAUAGUUGUUUAUAUAGCAAAACAGAAUAUCUCUCUAAAUGAAUACUGAUGGCAAUGGCAUGACACAAUUAAAUAUCUCUUUAAUUCGUAAAAGUCUUCUUGAGGGUCAUAAUAAGAGAACAAUAUAUUUUUGCCACAGUUCUCAAGACAUAACAGUGAAUCUUUUUUUUAUUUGUUGUUUUGUCGUUCAUUAAAAGAAUGUUAGUUUUAGCUUUUUUUACAAAGCUCCCCAGUAUUUCGAUCAGUUAUUCUUCUAGCGAUUAAAUCACCUGUGAUGCAGCACACCAACAUUUCAUUUGCAUGUCCCUGUCCUUUUCCAGUGAAACAAAUGCUUCUUCCGUACAAGGAAGUAGGUUGUAUUACAGAUACCAUUAUCCUAACUCAUGUAAUUUUUGUGGCAUUUAGAGGUUUCAAACAACAUAACACGUCUUAGUUGACUUGUUGUUAGUUGUCUUUUUAAAAUUUUCCUAACUAAAAACCCUAUUUGUACAAAUCAUACUCAAAAUCACAUAACCAGGAAUUGACGGGAAUUCAUAAGGAAACUGUUCAUUCUAGGCCAACGUGGACCUGAAAUGUAGCUGAGUAGAGAAUUGUACCAAUUUAACAGUUCUGUUCCAAAAUUAGCCGUUUUAAGACAAUUCAUGGUUUAGCGCAGAGGUAGACAGCCUCUGGCAUUUCGGAUGUUAUGGAAUACAUCUCCCCUGAUGCUUUGCCAGCUUUGGGGCUCUAAGAGCAUUAUGGGAGAUGUAGUCCACAACAUCAGGAGUGCCAGAGGUUGCCUACCCCUGGUUAGUGAAUAGCCAUCACAGCGUUUCAUAUCAUGCCAUUCCUAGUAUUGGUAAUAAUCAAAAUGUUUUCAGUGGCUGAAGGAAGAAACAUUCAUGUAGUUCAUGAGUUUCUCUUUGCAGUAUAGAAAAAUACAGUCUGAGAAAAUGUGUCUGCUACUUCUAAUUAGAUACAAUCAUAUACCAGAGAAAAAUAUUCUAUUGCUGAUAACAGAGAAAAAUAAAUAUCCUACUAUCUGGCCACAACCCCACUCACAACCCUGAAAUUAAAGUGUCCUUCUUUGUCCAUUUGAAGUGUUUGAAGGUAUAAUUCUGUUGCAAUCCUACUUCAGGAGAUCCCUGCACUAAGAAAACGUAUUAUUAUGCUAUCCUACACUUGGAAAAGAAAAACUGCUAAUAUACUAAAAUAGAGAAAGUAAUCCAUUACACCACAUAUCAUUAAAAAAAAAGAUACUACUAUCGCACGAAAAGAUUUUACUGGAAUUCCAGACUAGGAAAAAAGAAGGAAAAAUGGCUUCAGUAUGGAAAAGAUAAUUUUGUCUGCUAUUGUGCUACACUAUGAAAAGUUACCUGCAACUGCAAAGUAUAGAUUUUCAUUUAACAUAUGGGGAAUUUGUUACUUUCUUACAAUCGUGUUAAAGGAUGUGGGGUCUGUAGACUGCAAGAUGGUUUGUGAAAUGCUACUAGCAAAGUGCCUCUUCCCUGGUUAAUUCAAACAUUUGAAAUGACUUUGUGCACUUGGAUAUAAACUUCAUCUCACAAGUUCCUUCCCAUCUUGUUCUUACUUGAUAUGUUUCAUUUUACAACAUUUAUUGUAGUAAUAAAGUUUGAAAAAAGUUAGCUGUCAAAGUGCAAAGACUUCUAUACAUUAAUUAUCCAUAACAUAAAGUCUGCACUUUGUAUCAGGCCGAGAGCACAGUCAUUUUAUGACCCAAAGUUGCUACACCUUGGAAUUAUAGAGAAUAAUUUGCAUGAAAAUACCCACUUUUCCUGUAGUUCUAUACGGAGUAGUUCUGUGCAAAAUGAGUAUGAGACUGGACCACAAAUUUGUUGGACCACUAUACAAAUAGAUGGGCCUAGUAGAGGAUUAGAGUAGAAAUGUAUAAAUAUCUAUUCAUGAAAUGUGCAGGAUCAAUUGCCCUUAAAAGUUAAGUCCUGGGGUUUGUUAUAAACGACCUUAGAAUUAUUGAGACAUAAAUAUAAGGAUCUCACAAAGGACUGGUUUCUCUUAGCAGGCUAAGGUUUACACUGCUCACUGUAUAGAAAUUCCUCCUUUGAAGUCUAUGGGAAAACUGUGAUUCAGUAGCAGAGUAAACCCUGACACUACUAAAAUAAUCCAACCCUGAGAUCCAAUCCAGAAACCAAGCCUGACCUACAAUUGCAAUUUAAGAAAUAUUAAGAUAAAUGGAUGCUUAAGUCCAAAACCCACAGGUGUAUGUUCAAUGUAGACGUCAUGGUUUUGAAAUCUAAAUUAGGCAAAAUAACUCAUGAUUCAAUUUUUGUAUAGUAUACAUUUUGUAAUUGCAUGUUAAAAGAAACAAAGUAACGCAAGUAGUUUAUUCAGGAGCUCUAGCUCUACACAGUGCACAGGAAUGUAAACAAGACUGAGUGAUACAGCCAUUAUAGGCUGUCCUUAUAUUACUGGUGUAGACUUGUUUGUUUAACAAGGGAUCCUGGACCCAAUAUGGCUCCUCAUCUCUGCUGAGAGGCAACUACUGGGUUCUGAGUUAAAAAUUUGUCCUGGCUGAGACUAAGAAGAGAAAACACCUAUUUAAGAAUUUUAAUAUUUACUGGUACCAGCACGCUGCAGUUUCUAACAUGUAGGGCACCUGAUCUUCUUCUGCAUCUUAAAUGAGGUCCAGAGAAAAAGAACAGUCAGGCAAAGAGUAAUCAGCAAAGAAUUCAGAAAAUGUAAAACACGGAGCACAAAAUGCGCAAAUGUUUUUAUCAUUCUGGAUGAAGGCUGUUUGGAGGCUUUUCUCGUAGGAAUUUCUGUCUUCCAAUGUCAAUCAUCAUGCUCAGCCAGCAUAAGGUUGACUAAGCAUCAUGGGAAAUGUAGUUCACAAACAUUUUGGGUUACACGACCGGCAAGAUCCAUGCCAACAGUAUUAUUAAUCUAAUAUACAGUUCCAUAUAUGCUUUUGAUUGCAAUCUGGCAAGCAAAAUGCUCAGUUGAGCGUACUGUGGUCUAUACUGUUCCACCACGGCAGAUGUCUAACUUAAUGCUGGAAUUAAAUUUGCUUUUUGUUUUAUUAAUGUUUAAAACAUCUAGUUAUUUUUUUUAGGUAAAAAAAACAAUUAAAAAAAUAAAACACAUUGUAAGGGUGUAGCAUAUAUUGCUUCACAAGAAAUUGCUUAAUUCUGUAUAAGGAACAAAGUGUCCAAUAUUAAUAAAUAUCUGUCAUUCCCUGAAGUGGUGGUAUGACGAGUUACCAAUAUUUUCUAAAUCAACCAGCGGCAAAGAAUGUUUUAGAAUAUUGUGGAGUCAAACUACAUUCCAUGUGAUGUCACACAACGUUAGAUUAAUAGAUGUUAAAGAAGUAUUUUAAAGAUAAUUAUCUGAAGAGAGCGCAUCAUGUAGCUUGUAUUAGUGGUGGUCGUAUUCAUUCCAUUGUGUCAUAAAAUGACUACAUUUCUAUAUAGUAAUUUUGUUGUUUGCUUGGCCUGGAAAAUUACCUUACCUUUUGUUUUAGAACAUUCUGCUAUAGUUUAUUGAUUUACCGUGUUGGCCUUUGGGCAUUAAACGAGACUUGUCACUUAUCUGAAAGUGACAAUUCCUCAUUCCCUCACCCCAUUAUAUACUUUUGAAGUGCUUCCUGGAGAGAGAAGUGUAGUAAAGGUUAGUUAAAAAAAAGCCCACUCACUCCCGCAGCACCAUGAUCCUCUGCGCUUAGAUAUCUACAACAAAAUAACAUUUAAAUGCAUGUGUGUUUAGGGAUUCCUAUAAUGCCCAACAUUGGGAAGUAUGCAGACCGGGAAUGGUGAAUAGCCUGAGAGGGGAGAUGACCAGUGACCUGUCUGACCAGCCCCGAGCCUGCAGGACCUUAUUGAGGAAACUGCUGAAGUGCUCUCUGCCAUGUCCUAAUUCAUGUUCACAGAUCAAGCACAUCUAAUGAUGCACCGUGAUGACCCUUCCCUUGUGUAACUGAAUGCGGUACACUAGGGAACUAAAUCGGGUUAGAGAGACAGGACCCAGAAAUUGGAACUGUUGGGGGGCCUUGGAUCCUUCCAUACCGUGGUGCAAGUGUAGGACGACAUAGACUUGAUUUAAUAUUUUGGGAUAAGCAUUUCAAAUAAUUGAGAUCUCUUAGAACAAACUUUCAAAAUAAUUUAUCUACAAAAAGUUCCAUAAACUUUAAUGGUGACUUCUGCAGAUAAAUGAUUUGGAAAGUUUUUCUAACAGAUUUCAAUCAUUUGAAAAACAUAUUUAAAAAAAUGAAUCGAGGUACACAUUGGUUAAAUUAAUUUGCAUACGAUGCUCUGGCUGUGUCAGGAUUGCCCAGACGGAAUACAGUGUCAAAGUCAAAAAGAAAAUAGUUUGUGGCACAACCCAUAGCUUUCAUGUUGUGCAGAAAUCCCACAUGUAACAGUACAGCUUUUAGACAGGACAAUGAUUUGUUUUACUUGAAUCAUUAACUGGAUUAAAAGAAUUAAAUUUCAUCACCGGUAGCCAUAGGAAUCUCUAUAACCCUAUGAGUCUUUGUAAUUUUAGUCUAAAUUUCUGUUGACAUUCACAAUGUUUUAUGUAUUCACAUGCUUGAUGAGCUUGUAAUUAGAGUGUCAAAGGGGAGUUUUCAAAAAUGCUCCAGUCUUGUGGAAUCUUUUUUUUCUCUCCAUGUUGUUAAAAUAACAAUUUUAUUGUUCAAACAAAUGUAUUUGUCUACGAAUAUAGCGCUCACCAUUGCAGAUCAUACUGCUAUAAGCUCCACCCCCUGCGCCCACGCCUUCCCCAUAAUAUUACUAUGGGGGUCACUAUUUGGUCAGCUGUGAUGAGCUCACUACAGACAUAUAUCUAAAAUGUGUUUUAGUUUUUCUUUUUAGAAUCUUGGUUAACCCAAAAGUCUAAAAUAAGAUUUUUCGAUAAUGACAAGUUAUAUUACACAUCCAAGUGUGUUGAAUUUUACCGCCUGAUGGCACUGCACACAUUUUUGGACUGCAUUUCCCAUGAUGCUCAAUUCAUCUCCAGUAUCAUCUGAAAUGUAGGCUAAAACAUUCUGCAGUUGACCAAAAUUCUGGUUAAAUGUGUGAGUUACAAGAUGUAAAUAAUUUAUAUUGUAAAGAAUAUUCGGUGGAGGUUGGUGAUAAACCGUAUUUUAAGCAAACACGUUGCUUCUGGUUUUACCUUUUUUUGUAAUGUGUUACGAGAUGGAUACUUAGGUAAUCUUGUCUUGGCACUGUUGUUCCAGGAUCAGGUUGCAAAAGAUAAAGCUCUACAGAGUAUGGCCGCGAUGUCUUCAGCGCAACUCGUAUCAGCCACAGCAAUUCAAAAUAAGUUGGGGGUACCCAGAAUCCCACAACCCCCAUUCCAACCCACUCCAGGGGUAGGUACCAGUCAUGCUCAAUUAAUUCUGUUUCUGACUGUAUUAGUUUUUUUAAAUUUAACUACAACCAAGAUAAAGAUGUAAUAAAUCUAAAUGUAGAAUAGUUUAAGUAGUUUGAUUGUUGCAGUUUAAGUGCUUUGAGUCUUAUUUUAAUAGAAAAUGUUGCUUUAUUAUUAAUACAGCUCUUUUACAACCACACUUGCCACCAUUAGUGAGAACUGCCAUUAUGCGAUCAGUGUGCAAUCGAGAUGUUUAUUCUAGUUGUAAUUGCAGUUUGUGUCCCCCAAAGUGUUUACACUAGUGAUCGUUUGAAAUAGCUAUUUAGCAUGCACUUCUGUCAAAUGACUUCUUAUGCCCUUAAGUAAAAAGAUAUGUCAUUAAAUAUAGAUUGUAUAGAUACAGAUAGUGCAUGAAAAAUGCACAAACAAUAACCAUUCUUGGGAACCUGUUGGGUUUCAGGAUUUGUAGAAUAAUUACCCCAAAACUCCAGUUAAAAAAUAAAACAUUUCCCCCGUCAAGGUGGAUAUAUGUAGUUCCUACCAAUCCCAUCUGCCUACCAAUCCCAUACUUCCCUUUAAGUUGUGUGACUAGCAACGUUCUUUUCAUGUAUAUAUAUUUGUGGUCGAGACACAAAAGGCUGUAAUAAUCUGUAUGUGGUCGGUGUGUUGGUGCCAAAAAUGCUUUGAAGUGAGACCCAUGUAAAUUGUUUGAACAUUUUUAAAUUAAUCAGAGAGGCAUAAAAACUGUCUCUGUCUUGGUAAGCAAGCCAAACUAUGUUUUUAAGAUCAUAAAAAAUAUUUAUUUUAUUUCUAUUUUAUAUAGGCCACGGAGCUUUUCCAGUUCUGGUCAGAUGGACCUGGUCAGCCACGACCGCCACAGGAGUAAGUAUUUAUCAUCUUUCUUCUUACAAUCUCAUAUGACACCCUCACUAUUUCCAUCUGGCUUGUUUUAUAAGGUGUAAUGGUCAUCUAUUACAUUUGCAUUAUCAUCGUCAAUACAUUAGAAUUCUGUAAUAUAGAUUUGUCAUAAUUGUGUUUUACACAAGAUCUGUCAAUGCCUAUUUUUCUGUAUACUUUGUUUUUCUUAACCCCUUAAGGACACAUGACGGAAAUAUUCCAUCAUGAUUCCCCUUUAUUUCAGAAGUUGUGUCCUUAAGGGGUUAAUAGGCACCAUUUGUUAAUUGUGUAAAUGUUGGCAUUAUUUAACAUUAUGAGCUUGUCUAAUUUAUUUUCUGGGAGAUGUUCUGAGACAGUGCUGGUUUGGGAUUUCUGAACUAGGCCGUAAGCCUUUGCUACAGCAGUCACUCCAUUUCAUUGCAUUGCAUUUGCAUUGAUUUUAACUUAUUAGUCAUUUAUUAAAUGUAAAUAUUAGAGCGUCUUGUUCUGAGUUUUUGUUUAUUAAUGGUUAAAAAGGUUUUACACCUGUAAAUAUGUUUUAUAUUUUCCAAUCUCUCUCUCUCUCUUUCUGAUCACAUAAACUGCUUCAAGGGAAAAGGAAUGAAAGGUGAAUCUUUCCACCUUAUUUGUGUCCAUUAUCUCAUUUUUGUUUUGUUGUAUUAUUUUCUUUAGCAUUAAGCCGUUUUCCCAGCCUCCAUACCCCAUGCAGCCUGCUCCCCCUCUUCCUGCCGUACCAGGUAUAAACAGCGAUCUCCGUGUAUUUUAUGAUUUACUUGUUAUUUUCUUUCUUCUCCCCUUUCAUUGUCUUCAUUUGUAAUUAUUGCUACCUUUAACAAGUUAUCGGAACAAUGAACAAGAAUCUCAUUCACAAAAUUAGAUGAAAACAGUGCAAUGCAUAGGUUUGGUUACAAUUAGUUGUGCUAGUUUUUAUGAAUAAUCUUUAUUGUAUUAGAUAUUUGCUUCAUAAGAACUUUUCUAACUGAAAUUUUCUUCUUUCAUAUUGAGUGCACCUACACAUAUUAAAUAUCCUUUUUUUUAAAGGAUAGGACUUUAUUUUGAUAUUCAUUAUAUAUAUAUGUAUAUAUAAAAUGCAGAAUCCAGCUCACUCGCUUAAUCACUAAAAUAAAUAGCUAAAUUAAAUAAAACUAUUACAAUCUCUAAGAUUUGAAAUCAUUGUGCGCUGGAUUCUGUAUUUUGUAUAUUUUGGCCCCAGCAGCACCCUAUAAUGUAUGCAUGUUUAGGUGAGUGCAGCCCUCUUGGUUUCUUUUAUAUAUAUGUAUAUAUAUGUAUGUGUAUAUAUAUAUAUACACACUUAUAAACAUAUCAUUUAGUACAUUAAAAUAUAGAAAAAGGGCAAAAACUUUCAAAAAGUUAAAUGUUCACAAGUUUGUGUGUGAUAUAUUUUCGCAACGCAAUGAAAAAUACAUGAAAAUAGAUUCAUAUAUGUAUCCUGAAUUUAGUAAUACUCCAAUGCCUUAAAGGACCACUAUAGUGCCAGGAAAACAUACUCGUUUUCAUGGCACUAUAGUGCCCUGAGGGUGUCCCCACCCUCAGGGUCCCACUCCCGCCAGGCUGGAUGGAGAGGAAGGGGUUAAACACUUACCUUUCUCCAGCGCCGGGCUCCCUUGGCGCUGAAGACUCUCCUCCUCCUUUCCCCGUCAUCGGCUGAAUUCGCACAUUCGCACAUUCAGCCGCACGCACAUUCAGCCAGUCUCAUAGGAAAGCAUUCUCAAUGCUUUCCUAUGAACGCUGGCGUCUUCUCACUGUGAUUUUCACAGUGAGAAGCGCGGAAGCGCCUCUAGUGGCUGUCAAUGAGACAGCCACUUGAGGCUGGAUAAACCCAUGUUUAUGUUUACAGCAGAAAGGGUUAAUCCUAGGUGGACCUGGCACCCAGACCACUUCAUUAAACUGAAGUGGUCUGGGUGCCUAUAGUGGUCCUUUAAGUUUUGAAUUUAGUUUUAGUGGGGCAGAUACUACACUAAACAAAAUUAUAAAUGCAACACUUGUUUUUGCCCCCAUUUUUUAUGAGCUGAACUAUUCUAUGUACACAAAAGGCUAUUUCUCUCAAUUAUGGUUCACAAUUCUGUCUAAAUCUGUGUUAGUGAGCACUUCUUUGCCGAGAUAAUCCAUCCACCUCACAGGUGUGGCAUAUCAAGAUGCUGAUUAGACAGCAUGAUUAUUGCACAGGUGUGCUUUAGGCUGGCCACAAUAAAAGGCCACUCUAAUAUGUGCAGUUUUAUCACACAACACAAUGCCACAGAUGUUGCAAGUUUUGAGGGAGUAUGCAAUUGGCAUGCUGACUGCAGGAAUCCAAAGGCGUUUCAGAAAAUUUGGCAGUACAUCCAACCGGCCUAACAACCGCAGACCACGUGUAACCACACCAGCCCAGGACCUCCACAUCCAGCAUCUUCACCUCCAAAAUCGUCUGAGACCUGCCACCCGGACAGUUGCUGCAACAAUUGGCUUGCAUAACCCAAAAAUCUCUACACAAACUGUCGGAACCUGUCUCAGGGAAGCUCAUAUGCACGCUCAUUGUCCUCAUUGUCUCGACCUGACUGCAGUUCGUUGUAACCGACUUGAGUGGGCAAAUGCUCACAUUCGAUGGCGUCUGGCACUUUGGAGAGGUGUUCUCUUCACGGAUAAAUCCCAGUUUUCACUGUACAGGGCAGAUGGCAGACAGUGUGUAUGGCGUUGUGUGGGUGAGCGGUUUGCUGAUGUCAACAUUGUGGAUCGAGUGGCCCAUGGUGGGGUUAUGGUAUGGGCAGGCGUAUGUUAUGGACAGCAAACACAGGUGCAUUUUGUUGAUGGCAUUUUGAAUGCACAGAGAUACUGUGACGAGAUCCUGAGGCCCACUGUUGUGCCAUUCAUCCAUGACCAUCACCUCAUGUUGCAGCAUGAUAAUGCACAGCCCCAUGUUGCAAGGAUCUGACACAGUUCCUGGAAUCUGAAAACAUCCCAGUUCUUGCAUGGCCAGCAUACUCACCGGACAUGUCACCUAUUGAGCAUGUUUGGGAUGCUCUGGAUCGGCAUAUACUACAGUGUGUUCCAGGUCCUGCCAAUAUCCAGCAACUUCGCACAGCCAUGGAAGAGGAGUGGACCAACAUUCCACAGGCCACAAUCAACAACCUGAUCAACUCUAUGUGAAGGAGAUGUGUUGCACUGCGUUAGGCAAAUGGUGGUCACACCCGAUACUGACUGGUUUUCGGACACUCUGGACCCCACCAAUACAGCAAAACUGCACAUUUUAGAGUGACCUUUUAGUGUGGCCAGCCUAAGGCACACCUAUGCAAUAAUCCUGAUGUCUAAUCAGCAUCUCGAUAUGCCACACCUGUGAGGUGGAUGGAUUAUCUCGGCAAAGGGGAAGUGUUCACUAACACAGAUUUAGACAGAUUUGUGAACAAUAUUUGGGAGAAAUAGGAGUUUUGUGUACGUAGAAAAUGUCUUAGAUCUUUGAGUUCAGCUCAUGAAAAAUGGGGGCAAAAACAAAAGUGUUGCGUUUAUAAUUUUGUUCAGUGUAGUAUCUGUCCCACUUAAACUAAAUGCGAAACUUACGGCAUUAGAGUAGUACUGAAAUCAGGAUAAAUAUAUGAAUCUAUUUUAAUGUAUUUUUCUUUGGCUGUGCAAGUUGCGAAAAUAUAUCACACACAAACUUGUGAACAUUUAACUUUUUUAAGUUUUGUCCCUUUUUCUAUAUUUUAACCGUACUAAAUGAUAAGUUUAUAAGUGUGUGUAUAUAUAUAUAUAUAUAUAUAUAUAUAUAAAAAUGAAUAUCAAAAUAAAGCCCUAUCCUUUAAAAAAAGGAUAUUUAAUAUUUGUAGGUUCACUCAAUAUGAAAGAAUAAAAUUUCAGUUAAAAAAGUUCUUAUGAAGUCUUAUGAAGCAAAUAUCUAAUAAAAUAAAGAUAAUUCAUAAAAACUAGCACAACUAAUUGUAACCAAACCUAUGCAUUGCACUGUUUCAAAUGUAACAUUUUAAAAAUGUAAUUCUCAGGGUAUGUCUAUUUAUCUGAUCUAUCUAUCCAUCUAUAUAUUUUUGCUUUUAUUGGGAAUGUUACGUUUACUGAAGGUGUUAGCAUAUACAUUAAACAUUCACUGAACAUCUUUACUCUAAGCUAACAUUUUUAUCGCCUACACAACAACUAGUAAUAAUUGUAAUUGGGACUUUGGAAAUAAGUUAGAGUUAACGUGAUUAAGAAUUUUCACCCCAAAACAUGUACCUAAUUGUUAUAAUCUUUAAUCUUGUCUAAUUGCUGUCAAACUUCUUUCGCUUCAGGUUAUAUUUUCUAAAUUGAAUAUUCUGUUCUAUUUUGAAUCAAGGUUAUAAUGCUAGCCCUGCCAGUCUCUCCCCUGUGCCUACAGGACCUGCUUGGCAAGGUCGCUCGAUCGGCACUCCAAAAUUGCGCCUGGUUGAAUUUUUGGCUUUUAUGGAACAACAAGGAGAACCAGAUACGGUAAGUGCCACCUAGCAGAUCGACAGUUGGCAGUUGCAUAGUUCAGACAAAUUGAAACAUAAUGGUUUCUAGACAUGGCUCUUGCUAUCAAGGAGUGAUAGCUAAAUUUGUUAAUGGCAACCCUCUUAUAAGAGAAGUUACUAGGUUACACCACCUCUGAAGUAACAAAAACCAUCCAUUACUGCUGAGGAGCCUUCAUUCGUCUCUGACAACUGUUGACCGACUUUCAAAGGGCAAAGUAGAUUUUACAUUUAAGAGUAUGCUUUCAAAUGCAGAACAGAUGUCUGAUUAAAAUGGUUUUAAUGUAUUUUUGCUGCAAAGGUUAAAACCAUAUAUUGUUGUAACUCCCUAAGCUAUUAGAGUACAUAUAUUAAUGGUGCUAGACGGGCAAAAAUAGGUCCAGACAUUUCUAAAAAAAUAUAUAUAUUGUUUGAAAAUAUAUAUUAACGAACAGUCUGUACCUCUUCCUUAUAAUGUAGAUGACAAUGUCAUAGCUCAGAUGACUGUGUCGCAAACAGUGUCCCCCUCUCCGUAUCACUUAUAUAGCAUAGUAAGCUCAUAAAGAACAAUCCAUCAAAGAAAUAUGAUCCAGUGCUCAUUCUGACAAGUCACUUUUUUUAUUUCCCAAGCACAUGCAUUUUAAAAUAUAAUACAGCCACAGCAACACACAUUUGGUGCUAACAUGCACUUUAUCAGGAUUUUUAAAAACAAAAUUUCACAGUUCAGGAUUUGAAACUUCGAGAUAAUGGCUAGGGCUUUAACUGUUAAGAAGUUUUGUGUUAGAGAGUUUAGGAAUAGGGAACUUUGGCAAGUUAGGAAAACCCUUUAUGUUUAUCACUUGUAUUUUUGGUAUUGUUGUUUUAUUGUUAGCAUGGUUUUUAGUUUGAACACACAGUUUUUAGUUUUCUUCUUUUUUAUUGUGUGUGUGUAUUGCAGGAUAAAAUGUGUCAGUUCCACAUAAGGAUGGCAAUUAAAAUAGUUAAUUACUAAACAGCUGAAUUAAGAAGUUAAGUUUGGGAAUGCGUAAUUUGACAAACCGAACCUCUGGACAAAAUUCUAUUCACAAAAUUCUGGGUGAAUUCUUUAAAAAAUUUGGACGAAGCACGCUAUUUGCCCAAUGCGCAAGUCCACCUACUAAUAGAAGCACUAGUUUAAGAACAAGUACCUAUUGGCAAAUGCAUAUGACAGUGGUUGGCAACUACAUCUUCCUUAAUGCUUGAGACCACCUCAUAGUUCACAACAUCUUGAGUGUCGAAGAUUGCCUAUCCCUGUCCUAUAAGAACAAUUUAUAACUAUUGUGUGCGUCUUUGUAGACUGUGGCCCAUUUCCAUCUUUUAGCCUUUUGUAACAAAUUCAUCUUCUUCAUUAACAGUACAACAAACAUCUGUAUGUGCACAUCAGCCAGUCAAAUCCCUCCUAUAGUGAUGCUCUGUUGGAAUCUGUGGACGUCCGUCAGAUCUAUGACAAGUUUCCAGAGAAAAAGGGAGGCCUGAAAGAACUUUAUGAGAAGGGUCCACCCAAUGCUUUCUUCCUGGUCAAAUUCUGGGUAUGUAUUUUUUUCUUUGGUUUUAUGUUUUCUGUCUUAAACAGAAAUAUUUAUGUAGACUUUGUGCUACACAAGUAAACCAGUUUUAAUUUAAUUGCCUUUGGCUUGAGUGUUUUGUGCCUCACCGUCAUGCAAGCAAAUAUAGAAAAGAAGAUAAAUUUGGAUUUUGUAAAUUUAUGUCCCCAGAAUAUGUGACCCUAUUAUACAUCCCAAUUUGUUUAUUUUCCAUCCUUGCAAAUGAGGUCCACUAGAUAAUUAAAGGAACACUAUAAGGUCAGGAACACAAACAUGUAUUCCUGACCCUAUAGUGUUAAAAACCAGUAUCAAGCACCCUUGCCCUCCUAAAUAUAGUAAAGGUUUACCUUUUUUUUCCAGUGUGUUGGUGCUGGCUCUGCCCCUGAUCUGCCUCCUUGGCUGACAUAAUCAGAAUUGAUGAUCAAAGCCAAUCACAAUGCAUUCCCAUCGGAAAGCUUUUGGUUACAUUCCUAAAGUCCUUAAGAAACAUGACAUAAAUUGACAAAAUCUAUCAAAUGUAUGACAAAUAGCUAGUAUCACAUUUUAGCAGUCAUCUUUCAUCAGUUAAUUUAUCACCAGGGUAAAUAAGUCUAAUACAUCCAUGCAUUAAAGCCUUCUUAAUAUCUUUAUUUAUUUAUUUUUUUAUUCCUAUAUCUUUAGGCUGACCUUAAUACCAGCAUCCAGGAUGAACCAGGUGUAUUCUAUGGUGUCAGCAGCCAAUAUGAGAGUCCUGAAAAUAUGACCAUAACCUGCUCUUCCAAAGUCUGUUCCUUUGGGAAACAAGUGGUAGAGAAAGUAGAGGUAAGAACAACCAAUCACAAGGGUCCUUGUCACAGGAGAAGCCAAAUGUAUAAUCUUAAGUGGUCAUUUAAGUUUUAAAUGUAAGGAUCUAGAUUUUGGUUCGAACAGCCCACACCCAGGACUGGUGCAACAAUUUGUGGCUACACCGACAAAUAUGCAUUUUGCUUUACAAUCCCCCCCCCCUUUUGAUUGUCUUAUCCAUUUAGUGUACCAUAUCCCCUACUGUGUCUUACACCCCUUUUAGUCAACCUUAUCCUCAUUUCCCCCCUUGUGUGUCUCUUACCACUCCCUUGUGUGUCUUAACCCCCCUUUGUGUGACUCUUUCUCCCUCCAGCCACUUUGUCUCUUUCUCCCCAGCCCCUCUGUGUGUCUCUUUCUCUCAUUCCCCUGCCCCUCUGUGUGACUCUUUCUCCCCAGCCCCUCUGUGUGUCUCUUUCUUCCCCCGACCCCUCUGUGUGUCUCUUUUUCUCAUUCCCCUGCCCCUCUGUGUGUCUCUUUCUCCCAGCCCCUAUGUGUGUCUCGUUCUCCUCCCCCCAGCUAGUCUGUGUGUCUCUUCACUCCCUGUUCCUGUGAGUGUUCCUUUCUUCCUCCCAGCUCAUUUGUGUGUGUGUGUCCCUUUCUCCCCUUCCCCUGCCCCUCUGUGUGUCUCCCCCAAGCACCUUGUCUCUUUUGUCUAAAAGCAUGCAAAGUUGGAGUGGCUUUCAAGGAACUUCAUGUAUCUGUAAUCUGAAUGUUUAUUACUAAAAUGUAAUUCAGGACCUUCUCAACAAUCUACAGACAAAUGAGACAAUGUUACAAAUGACAGAAAAGUUCAGACAUUUUAUUAAAUCUAAAUAUCUUUUUUAUGGUCCACAGACAGAGUAUGCGCGGUUUGAAAAUGGACGUUUCCUGUACCGAAUCCAUCGCUCUCCUAUGUGUGAAUAUCUCAUCAACUUUAUCCACAAACUGAAACAGCUUCCGGAGAAAUACAUGAUGAACAGUGUGUUAGAAAACUUCACUAUAUUGCAGGUAAAAAUUAAGACAUCUCCAUUUUUUUAACUUCAUUCCCUCAAUGACAUCAGCAUUUGGUCUAGUAUGCAGAUUGGUCAUUUAAGUUUGAAACUGCUAAUUUGCAUACGUGGCUGUACAGUCAUAUAAACAUGAAUUUGUAAGGUGUGAAAAAUAAAAUGAAAUGUAGAAAUCCACACCUCUUUAUCCAGUAACUGGGUGCCACCAUCUUAGCCCCCUGUUAGUCAUUGUUAUAAACUCUGUCCUUUGCACCUGGCAGUCAGCAUAGAGAAAGCAUACAAAGAAGAGGAUUAACAACACAAUUUUUCUAUUUCUCCUUCCGAUUUGCAAUAUUUACUCUAGCUUUGCCUUGUCAGUAUUGAGUCAUUAUGUCAUUUACUAAAUCUCUCAUAUACAUUUAAAAGAAAACAGAACUUUAUGUGAAAAAAGGUGAACACAGUUCUACGUGUUUCUCUUUGUUUUGUUUAUUUCUGAGAAGUGUUGAUAGUGUAAUCAGGGUUGUGACUGAUACCCUUUCUAUCCCAUAAAUAUUCUCACAACUCCAUACCCAUAAAGCACUUCAGCUUGCUGAAAUACUUUAUGGUUGGGGAGUACUGAAUUUUCCUUGCUUAUAAAUGUGUACCCACAGAGCCAAAAGUCUCUUCCAUGGAAAAGGGAGAGUGCUUGCAAAGGCUGCUUUUCUUAAGACCAGCAGCUUUUGCAAGUUAUUUUAAUAUACACCCCCAAUGAGUACAUGCAUAAAAAAUGCAUGCAUGUAUUCGUUUGGGGUAUAUCUACUAAAGAGUGAUUUAAAAAAAAAAAAAAAAAAUGUAUUCUGGAGUGGACCUUUAAAAAAAAAUUUGAUAUGUUUGGUAUUCAAAGUAACUUUGAGCCUGGUCUAAAUCACUGUACACUGUUCUUAAGAGAAAAAUAAAUUAUAGCUAUAAUAGCACAGUCACAGAUGUUGCACAACUUUAAAUGUAUAAAGUUGUUUACUUUUCAAAUUGCUUGCGCUUAGAUCUCUCUAUCUCUCUUGCUGUGCUAAGAAAAACCGUUCCGAUCUUUUCAGACUCCCAUCUGUUAGCAUUAUUUAAUAAGGAACAUCUGUUUGAUGAUACAUUGUGUGCCCCCUGACUCACGGACAUCUGUUUUACCAUUCUGCUCUCUUUCUUGUAGCCAGUGAGAGUAACAAAACGAUCGAAACACAAGCUAACUGGCAAUGAAAACAACUUUCAGAAAGUUGACAUUUGUCGUAAAUCAAAUACGUACAAUGCUUAAAAAUAUUUUUAAAUGUAUAAGUUUAUAAUGGCUGCAUAAAAUGAAACAUAAAAAGAGACAAUUUCCAAUAGUGUGCCUUAGUCCAGUGGAACUGAUUUGGGGUAACAGUGUGACUGAUAAUCAGUUUUUUAGAUCCCAGUCAGACCACUUAACCAAUAAGUGUCCCUGGGCAAGACACCAAACGAUAAAUAUCUGCCAAUCUCAAGUUCUCAUAGAUGUAAACUUUUUUGAGCAGGGUCUUUAACUAUAUAUAUAUCCCCUUUCUAUAUAAUUGUAGAGCGCUGUGAAAUAUAUAUAAAAACAAAUACGUAUCAUCUGUUUGUGGGGCAAUAAAAGAGAAGUUAUAAAAUGAGAAAUGUUAAAGGGACACAUCUUAAAUACUACUGAUCUGGUCUGAAAAUGUUCAUUUGUUUUCAGUGAACACUAUAACCCAUGUCUGCUAUUAGUUAUGCUUAAUAUACCAUGUUAUAUUUAGUUGCCGUUUAAUUUUAUUGAUUUGAUAUUAACAUUUUGCAAAAGUGUUACCGUACUUUUUUUUACUGUACAAUGUAAGACGUAUAUUUAUUUAUCUAUUUUUUUGGCACAGGUGGUUACAAAUCGGGAAACCCAGGAAUUACUUUUGUGCAUAGCAUACGUCUUUGAAGUGUCAACCAGUGAACACGGAGCUCAGCAUCACAUCUAUCGACUGGUCAAAGACUGAGCUAAAAAGCAGUUCUCCCUUCCCCUUUACUUAGCCAUGUAGGACUGGCUAUUAUGAGCUUGGGAAAAAGGUGGAUACGUCUCACAUUGUCCCCAGACCUUUCAGCCUUUCACGGGACAGGAGACUAUAAAAAAAGGGGAUGGGACCCUUUAAUCGAUGCAUGGACGGAAGGGGAAGGGCCACAAAACCACAAAGACCUCACCCUAACAGAACCUUUCUGUGUUAUGUUUUGAGCCAAAAGGAAUAUAUAUAUAUAUCUAUAUUAUAUAUAAAUAUAUGUUUGUGUGUGUGAAACAAUUUCCAAACUGGGAAGCCAUGUAGAAAUCUACAUCAGUCAUAAUGGUUUUAAAAAAAAAAAAAAAAUCUCUUUUAUAAUAUGUUGCUGCCAAGUGCAUCACUUCACGGUACGGUUCCGAUAUUUUUUUUUAAUUCUAAGGAACUUUGGGUAACAUCGGAGAUAUUCCCGUCCUAUACCCAGAGGUUGUUUUUUUCCGUAGCUCACUGGAUUCCACUGAAAUGUUAUGUCGGCACUUUCUGUGGUAGAAACAUCCCAGCUAUCAUCACUACUUUGUAGCCCACUAAUUUUUUUUCUUUUAUUUGGUAAAAGUAGGCUUGCACAGUGAUAUUUUUUUGUAUUCUUUGUAUUUUAUUUCUACACUGGCUCACUCUGUGCUCUUUGUUUUGUGGACAGCUUUUAAUGACUUAAGAUAUCAAGAUUAACUUAUCAGGGAGUAGAGCAAAGCAAAUCCUACUGUGUUAUCGGUUUGAUGCACCUUGGCCUUAAGUAUACUAGAGAUAGAAGCCAAACAGGUGUACUUCUUCAUUAUGGACUUGUGAAGUUAUCUGAAGGUUAGGAGGUGUUUAUAAUGUGAGUAAUGUUGGCUAGUUGAGUAGUUAACCUUCUUGCCAAGAAGCCUCUUCUUCAGCUUGGAGAGAAGACAAAAUUAGGCACUGUCAUGGGGUUCCUCAGCCGUGCUUUUUCUUGUAGGAAAAAUAGACCAACGAGCAUUCUGUUUUUACUUCCAGUCGAUUUUCUGUGAUGAAUAAACCAGGGGCCUCUGUCCUCAGCUCCCAUCUGGUGGCAGCAUGGCAUUUUGUUUCUCUUAUAAAAAGCAAGCAAAGAAGAAGAGACUUGCCAAUGAGACAAAACACUGAAGAAUUUAUGCCUUGAUCUGUUGGACUAUUGAAACGUAUCAUUGGGAAUAAAAAAUGUCUUGAGACUUGACAUGCACACUCUUCUGUCACACAUUCAGUGCCUAAAAUGAAAGUGGAAAGAAAAAAGACAUACAUUUUUAGUUUUUGUAUUGAAAAGCUGAUAUGCUUUUGAGUGGAUUUGAUACUGUAUUAUGAAAAUAAUAAUGAAAAAAGUGUACUUAGCCGACUGCCCACAGUCUGCAUGCCCUGCCAAUGGUGUAUCCCAGCACUACAGAAGAUGAGCAGCAAGUGAGGUGGAUUAGUAUUCAAGAGACGAGACUCUGACUUACUCUUUACACUACUGUAUGUAUUUUGAUGGAGAGGGGAAGGAAGGAGCAAUAUCAAAAUCGGAUUUCAGCAGAGGAAUAUCAUGUGUUAUGCUGUGUUAAGCUCAUAAUCACAAAGACAUUGUAGCGAUCUAUUGUUCAAUGGAAGUAUAGAAUGGAUUCAAAAUGGUGGCUUCAAAUGACAUUGGUAUGUGGGUAUAUUUCAGUAGUAUCCCGAAAGAAAGUGCCAAAGUAAAUAUUAAACCAAAAAAAAUUAAAUAAAAUCUGCUGCUAUAGAAAAUAAAAUUUGGAACAUUCACAAACUUACAGGUUUUUAUAAAAUAAAAAAAUCAAAUCUUUUGAAAGACUUGAGGGCAAAAAAAAAAAAGUAUAUAAAAAAAUUAAAAAAAAUAAAAUUAAAAUUAAAAUUAUAUAUGAUAUAUUUUUGCACUGUUGAAUACUUUCCGGAACAAAUUGGCAGAACUCAACAGGGCAACAUCACAAGUUCAUCCAUACAAUUUUAUCUUGAUAUAUUGAAAAAUGCCAAAAUGAAAAUUGUGGGAAAAGGGUGCAUGGAGCACCUUAUGUCAUAUUGCACUUAAAAGACAACAUAAUGUUCACAAAAUAAUGAUCUUUAUCAUCUUUAUCUUCCUCAAACGGAAAUGAAUGGGAUUUGAAAUUGCAGUCUUCACAGCUUAAGUCUCGUGUAGCAUAUUCAAGAGCAGUCAGCUGGGAAUUAUGCACUCAUUUCUAAGCCUACAUAGUAUAUAUUUUAUUGCAAGCUCAUAUUUUAACAGUUUCCAGAGUAAACUGCUCCCCGGAGAUGGAAAUUGUUAGUUAAACAACGAAAGUGAUGUUUAGCACCAUGUCUAAAUAUAAUUUAGGCUUUAAUGGCUAGGCCCGGACUCUCAAUUGAAAGCCUUUAGGGCCUAAAAAUGUUUUACAUUCAUACAGGUUACUUGAAUAUAAUAAAUAAUAAUACUGUAGGUUCCCUAUUUAGUACUCAGAUGCCACUGUGACCAUGCAAAAAGCAGGCCUUAAGUUUAAUUUGUAGAGUUUUACUUGUGAUCACUGCUUAGAAUUUUAGUUCUGUUUGUUUGCAGCCACCAUUUUGCUAUAUGUUGGUUGGUUACCACUAUACUUACUUCACCAUUUUAUUAUCUUUAUUUACUUCCUGUUAUAUAGGUCACACAUGCCCAUUAAGGGUCCCCUAUUUAUUGCGUGCAUGUUAAGGUGGAUGGUUAUGUGAAGAGAAAGUGAAACUAUAAUUAUGAGGCUAGAAGGAUGUUUAGAAAUGUGUACCGAGGCAGGGGACUUGUUUCUAGUGGUUAAAUCUGGGGUGCAUAGCUUAGUCUUAAAAUGUCCCUAACAGGCCAACAUCUUGGUAAUAGGUAAUUAAUCAACUAACCCUGUCACUUUCACUGUUUAAAAAUGUUUAAUUUUGUGUUGCCUUGACAACCAGGCCUGUCAGUGGAUGUGAAGAUAAAGGUUGUGCGCCAUAAUGACUAUAUUGAUAUAUAUAUAUUUUUUUACUUGAGAUAACAGUUGUGAUGAAGUGUACUGGAUGCAUUUUCACCUUAAAGUGAAAAUAAAACCUGAACAUAUUUUUUUUAUUCUGAUAAUUAGUGGGUUUCCCUGAAAAAAAAAAUAUUUUAUCUGUUUGUCCUAUUUGCAACUAAGGUAGAAUCAAGACUAAUACAGACCCUUAUUAGACCAAAUGUUAAGCCAUUAUUUUGACAUUUUUAAUGGGUUGAUUUCCACAUGAUUGGGAAAAUAUAUUUUUGCCAUGGGCACUUUCUACUAUGCAGUAAAUUGCUAAUUUAAUUUCUUUCCUACCAGCCAUAUUCAUUCCUUUGCAAUAGAAAAUCCACCUGCUCAGUGCUAAUCCUUAACUUGCUAAGAAAAAACUAAUUCAGGUCAUUCCUGCCCAUUUAGCAGGAGCCUUGUGCCACGUUGGAGAGAAUUCAUGGCAAAUUUCAGGACAUAUUUACAGUCUGCAAUAAAAGCCUACAAUGUGAUUUGAAAUGCAGAUGCUUGGUUUUAGCUUGGAAAUUGUAUUUACUGCAGUAGCAGUAUUGUAUUUACUGCAGUAGCCAAUAUCAUAACUCCCAAGUGUCCCGAUUUAGAAGGGACAGUCCCUACUCUGGGACCAAAUCCCACUGCCCCUCCUUUCUAUCCUAAUGUCCCUCUUGUCUAGCAACUCCACAUUGUUGGUAUGACUGAGUGUAUAACAGAGCUCCACAACAAUGAUACUCACAGUAAUGUGCCUUUAGAAAUCAGUCUGUGAAAUAAGAUAUAUUGUUCUUGUUCUAAAUUACAUUUUAGUGGCAUCGAUUUUUAUUAGCAAGUCACUUAAAUUUUCGCAGGGCAGCCGUGGCACUGGCCAUACCCCCACUCACACUUCUAAAAUGAAAAUGUCCCCCUUUGCCCAUUUGAAAUGUUGGGACGUAUAAACAGUAUGGCUACAUACAGACUAAUAUAUUACAUUACUCUCGUAAUUUCUGAAUUUCCUUUCCCUAACAAAAACAGGUUAUGUACACAUCAACAGAAUGUUUGAGCAUAGUUUUAAAAUGACUUGCACACUACGGUUUGCUCUAAGUGCCCUUCGAUGCUAAUUAUUUUAAUACUCUCAGAAGAAGACAGGAUAUACAUUAUUUAUUUAACUUUCAGAGACAACAUGGUAGUGAAAGUGCAAAAAAUAAAAAUAUGAUUUCCAUAUUGUUGAAAGUUACAGAAGCACCACAUUAAAUGUAAUUUAGAAUACAUGCCACCCUACUUCCUACGGUAUUAAUGUGUACCUACACAUUUUGGCUUUAGAGUGUUUUUAGUUAGAUUUUUAUUUUUCCAUGACUUCACAACUUUUAUCACUGGUUAUGCAGAUAAACAUAAUCCUGUAUAAAUGAUUGUAUUACCAUUUAUCACAAUUGUUAUCAGAAAUAUAACUGAAUAUGGAAUCUGGCCAUGUGCCUUAUGUAUGGUUAAAAGAAGACUAGUGCGUGAUGGGGAGACGUUAGUGGAAGAAAGAAUGACUGAUUGGUGUGAAUAAGGACCUCAUACAUCCCCAUAACUACAUUUCCCCUUUAUCCCUCAGCAUCCAGAAUAGGUUUUCCAAGAAUACGUAGUUUGCUCUGAUCUUUGUGAAAGCCAUAGUAUACAGGAAAUAAAACAAUGGACUUUAAUGUAUACCCAUGUUUGUAUUGUGAACAAAACUUUUCUUAGUAUAUAAAAUUUUACAAAAAAAAACAACAAUCGGGUAAUGUGUCCAGUUAAUUAAAUUUGCAUUACACUUGUUAACUCAUAUAUUGUUUAUGACUCAUGUACAGAAUUUUUGUUACUGUUUUUUAUACCUUGAAGUUGUACAUAUAUCCCCUUUAAAACUCUAGAAUCGCCAUGUUGUGCUGAAGCCUUUUACAAACAUGGAGAGUAGAUGUUUUCAGCACCUCCUGAUAUAUAAGGUCAAAGACUACAGAUUGUGGACACUGCUUAGAAAAAGUGUAACAUACAGCAUGAAAUUAACUGUUUUCUAAAAGCAUAUCUUUCCAAAAAGAAUACAUCCAAAAUUUUCUGAGAUAUAUCUCCUUGCAAAAUAGGUCCACUACAAGAGACUUUUAUAAAACUACAGAAUUACCAUUUUGAAAGGUAACAAGGCCACAUUGCUUUAAUGUACAGUCAAUUGGAUAAUCAGGUAUGCAGAGUAGUACGGUUUAGGGUCAUAUAACAUGUAAACAC